AUGCAGAUGUUAACAAAGUAAGCCGUUCUUCUCAGUAAUUAAAGUGGCAGUGGAACUUCUUGAAAGCGUUUAAGAAGUACAGCCUAAGAUUAAUAGAACUCUCAACUUUUUUUUACAGGAGGAGUCCUUUUCUACCUUUUCCUGCUCCUAAGCUUGGUUAUCGCCUGACACCGUCUCGUAGCUACAUACCCCGAAGGGCUGUUCUCUACGUGCCAGCUGACGAUGAGAGGAAGAUACGGAAAAUCUCAUCUGUCGAUGUGGAUUGUGCUGUGCUGGAUUGUGAAGAUGGUGUUGCUAUAAAUAGGAAGGUAAGCAAUACAUUCUCCAUCAUGUUACAUGGGAUUAUUCUAUCACGCAAUAUAGCUGUGCAUAGAAAUCAAGCCAUUUCACACAAAUUUAUGUCCUGGUGCUGUCAGCUCUGUUUCCAAUUGCAAGCAGUACUUGGAAGGCUGUUGUAUGGGAGCAUAUCAAUGCAGAUCUCGCAAUUCAGUUGCACAUUGGCAUGUGCUCAUAUCGCUGCUGAUCUUCAGAAAUGCUUAAAUGCAGGCAAAGGCUCAUUAUGACCCCCUCUCUUGUGUUUUUUGUGAUCUUGACCCUGGUUCAGACUAUCAGAGAAUGCCCACAUGAAGUGUGACAGCAAAGUCAAGCCUGGGGUUUGUCUAAGACACAUGCACCAACUGGGAUAGCAGCAAAUUGUUGUCGUCGUUUUUAAAUAGCCAUCAUACUGCUAAGACGCUAAUUUUGAAUCGGUGGUUUCUUUUGCUGCAGGAAUAUAAACCGAGAUAUGUGGAGCAGUGGCUUUUUAGUAUGCUUAUUUCUCUCCCAACUCUCUCUUUUCCUGAGUGAAAAUAGUCUUUUCUCCUGUUGCAGAGUGUGUCCAUUUCCGUAUGUCAUCCUUUCUUUCUUCUUCCAGAGUGGAUUGAAUAGAGGCUUCAUUGUUCGUUCCUUUAGGGAUCAAACUGUUGCUCUUAUUAGAAUGCUUUCUAGGGCAACAUCGUCUUCUAUUGUUAACACUUCAAUCCUUUAAAGCAGCAGAAAGGAUUCUUUACAGCUCCUAGAUAAGGUCAACACGGCAAUAUUUCUGCCCGAGUCCUUACUUUGGUGCUAAAUGAAUUGCUGGUUGCUUCUCAUUGGGCCUAGGGAGUAAGAACUCGGCACUGUGGCAUUAUGGUCCUGAGAUGGAUGAGCCCAGCAAGCUCCAAGUACAGAGUUAUCACAUUUAAUAAAGCAAAUUACCUUUUAAAUAGUUAUUAUCUCUGGGAGUGUAUCUCCCCAUAGGAACUGACCCAGACCCUGCAAUUACCAUCUGAGGCCCUUCUUUGUGUGCCUCCAGAGAGUGACAACAUCAGAACAGGCCUUUUCUGAGGUGACUCGCCAUUUGUGGAACACUCUCCCCAGGGAGGCCCGCCUGGUGUUUUCAUUACAUAUCUUUAGGCGCCAGGAGAAAACAUUUCUCUAUGACCAGGCCUUUGGUUGAUAAACAUUCUAUGACCUUUAAAAUUUGUUUGUGGGAGGGGGCUUAUUGGUUUGUUUCUGUUUUAUGAUGUAUUUUGUGUCCUCCUUGUGAAUUUUUAUGUUUGACCCACACUGUGAUCUUCAGAUGAAGGGCUGUAUACAAAUUUAAUUAAUAAUAAUACGUGCAAUCAGGUGUGUGGGCUACAGUGGUACCUUGGGUUACAGACGCUUCAGGUUACAGACUCCGCUAACCCAGAAAUAGUACCUCGGGUUAAGAACUUUGCUUAAGGAUGAGAACAGAAAUUGUGCGGCGGCAGCGGGAGCCCCCAUUAGCUAAAGUGGUACCUCAGGUUAAGAACAGUUUCAGGUUAAGAACGGACCUCCAGAACAAAUUAAGUUCUUAACCCGAGGUUCCACUGUAUAGGGAAGGACAGAUGGCAGCCCACUAAGCAAGGACAAGUUUUUUAGAACCACACCUGUCAACCUGUUAGGAAACCCAACCAACCAGCAGAAUUUUGCCGACACUUGGGGCUUGCUUGCUACUUCCAGAUAAUGGGUGGCAUUCAGCUAAGUGUGCUUUGCUGUCUUUCUCUUGCAAGUUGUUGUUGUUGUUGUUGUUGUUAUUAUUAUUAUUAUUUUAUUACAAGACAAUAAAUAACAAUCAUUGCAAAAACCAAAGUAAUAUCCCUCCUCCCCCUUGGCUCCCAAAUAAAAAAUGCAAGAACAUUUUGUCAAAGGCAAAUAAAUGAGUACCAAAUCUCAAUAAACUCCCAUCAACCCUAGGUGGCAGGACCGCUGGUCAAGGAUGAUGGGAAUUGUAGUCCCAAAACAGUCCCAAACAAGACCCAAGUUUGGGAAACCCUGAUUUAAAGCCUCUACUUGUUUGUAGGUUUUAUUCAUAGUAGUCCCAUUGAAAUUAAUACACAUGUGGAAGUUAGGACCAUUCGUUUCAAAAGCCCUACUCUGAGUAAAAUCUAGCUGACUAUUACCCUCUGUUCCAGAAAUGAAAAACUGGCUCUGUUCUUCCAGUGCAUGUUACUGACAAUCAGGUAAACUACUAGCGCUGGGGAAGCCAAUAUGGUGCCUUCUAGAUGUUGAUGAACAACCACUUCCAUCAGCCCCAGCAGGGCCAAUAGUCCUGGAUGAUGGGAAUUGUAGUCCAGCAACAUCUGCAAGGGACCAUGUUGACUACCCCUGCCCUACUAGAGCCAGUCGGGAGCUGUAAGUAGAGCCACACCAAGGAUGGAGAACCUGAUGCCCUCCAAAGACUGCAGCUCCUAUUAUCCCAGACCAUUGGCCUUGUUGGGUAAGGCUGAUUGGAGUUAGAAUGCAGUAGCAUCUGGAGGUCCAAAGGCUCCCCAUCUCUGCCUUACACCACCCGCUAUCUUAACGUGGAGCCCUCCAAUGUCUCGUUUCUUAUCCCUGGCUCAUGAAGGGGAAUGCGUAUAGCAGGCAUGAGAUAAAAUCAUAAACUGGGUCAGUUGUGAUAUAUGUAAGAGAAAAUGCAGGCAAGCUCAUUCCGAGCUUUAUCAGCAUCAAUAGGAAAAAGCUGUGGUGGGCUUUGUAAAUCUCUGGCUACCUCAAUUAAAGCCAACCGUUUCCCUGUAUUAUGUGAUGAUAAUCUGUUUAUAACAAAGCCAAAUGCUUGGGAUUUGUCAAUGCAUCAGGUAUUUCUCUGGGCCCAUAGUGAGAAUUUCAACGAGCACUUCACAACGAGAGUCACUGAUAACUGGAGGGGUUUUCUUUUUUUAACAAGAUCUUUGUUUUAUUUAUUAUAAAUUAGUGCAGCAGCUAAUUGUACCUUUCUACGGGGAGAAAGCUAGCUGAGCAGAAGAUAGAGAAUGAUUAAACCUACGCAGACACAUGGUGCGGUAACAUCACUCCGAACGAUAUAGAAAAUUGGAAUGGGAGCAGGACUUUCCCAGGUCUCUUGCUAUUAUUAAAAGCAGCUUGGGGAAAUUUCUUCAAUCCGAUUUGGGGAAUCGAAGUCUCAGCAAAGUGAACUAUAUCGGCAAACACAGCAACGCUUUUUGUGAUCCAUGAAGAGUUCUGUUGAAUAUAUGUUUUCACAUAGGUUGUAAAGUGUUUUCAUGACCUUAUUAAUCCCUGUAUGGCCUUAGAAAGCGCACCAUUCCUGAUUGGUAAUGCUGACAAUAAAUGUUUGGUGGGUUUUUUGUUCCCAUUGUUUUACUCAGCAUCUUCCUCUUGAAAGAAUUUGAGGAGUUUCUGAGGAGGUCAGAAUAUCAGCAAUUUUUUUAACGAGUUAAAUUGGGGGAGGGGGGCUUGAUUAUUUUUAAAAAAACAAAAAACUUUCUUUCUGUUACAUAUUUUUUUUAGUUGGCACUUCCCUGGAGGUUCAGAAAUAUCCAAAUUGACUUUCACUGAGACACAAUGGAUAUAAUUUUGAGAAUGCAGUGGCGGGGGGGAAAAGGCUUGGUACAAAUUUACAGAAAAUUUUGUAUGGUUAUACAAAUAAAACGGAAGGCAUUCUUAUAUUAUCGUGGGUUAGAGCAAUGCUUAGACCUUUCCUUUGAAACAUAGACGGUAGCUCAUGACCCUACACAAUAAAUGGGACCCACCAGUCAUAUAUUAUGCCUGAAAACUUUGCACACGUGGUCCUGCGUGGUCUCAUGGUCCUGCGUUCAGUUCCUGGCAUUUCCAGAUAGACCUAGGAAAGAUGCCUAGCUGAACAUCUAGAGAGCUGCUGUCAAUAAGUGCAGAAAAUGGACCAGUGGUUGAAGGGAAGGGAAACACUUUUUAAAAUAAAAAGUAAUGUAAAGCAGCACAAUUAAAAAUGUCUAAAUUGCAUCCUUGUUACUACUACUAUCAUUAUUAAUAAGAAAUAUGUAUUAAUAACAGAUUUAUUUUUUUAAUCUCCGUGAUUUAAAAUAACAUCCACAGUUAAAUAUAACCAUAUUUUCAUCAUUCAUUCUUUAUAUACUGUAUGCUUACUACUGUUACUACUAGGGUUAGAUUAAUCUGUCUAUUUCUGGCUUUUGCAUUUUUUGCACAUAUCGUUCCAGUGCUUUCUGAUUCUGCAUUAAGCUACUUUAGAAAAAGAAGAAGGAGAAGUCUCCAUUUAUAUUGAGAUAUACAUUUCCUCUCAAAGUUUAUAUUUAAAAUACAUGGUUUGAUGUGGUAAAACUGCCCAAAAUUGCUUUGCAGCAGAAGUACAAAAGCUGUUGGAUACCUAAGUUCCAAUCUGCACAUUGGUCCAAGAGGGUGUUUUAUGCAGGGUUUGGUGAGGGGGUGAACUUAUCAAGCAUCUCUAGAUACCAUUAAAACAAGCACUAUUAUUUUUAGCCCACCUUACUCUUUGCAUACGAGGAUGGCAAAGCUCAUGCACGCCUUCCAUCAGUCCUAGUUGUUGUUGUCAAUGUUGCUGUUAGUGCUAUAUCUCAGAAAUAUAUGAAGGCUGCCAACCAUUUCUUUUGUCUCCAAAUGCUAUUUGGGGAAAUUACUCAACUGUCUUCCUGUUUAUUGCAAACAAAGUCGCCAGCCUAGCCAUGGAAUCUGAAAAGUACUUUUCACCCUUUGUGAAAGGAUAAGCAGAACCCUACUGUUUUCUGUGUUUGCACCUAAAAGGAGGCUUGACUGCAUGAAGAUCUAUUUUUUGACUUCUUGAAGGCAGGAUAUACUUUGUGAUAAUGCAGUCACGUAAUUAAUUACUCAAGAUCCCCACUGUAUUACAUUGCUUUUAAUACUAAUUUAUAUUAACACUGUUUUUGUGUUGCCACCUUCAGAAAGAGUGGAACACAAAACACCCAUCAAUAAAACAGUUAAUUGUAAUGAUUUCUGCCGCAACAAAACUCUUGUCUUUGAACUAGAUGUAAUACUUGAGUUUAGGAUAUCCCUUAAAAAUUGUGUUCUGUUAGUUCCCUAGAUAGAUCUUUGAAGUGACAUGUUGGGUUCAGCAGGGGUGCUAGCCAACCCAGAUCUGCCUGCCUGCUGUUUCUUAGCGUUAUAUCAUUGGCCUUUCCGCUAUGGCACAAACAGGAAGAAUACUGUAGUCAUGUAGUGUUGGUCUUGGUCUUCAGAGCUCUGGGAGUUAGAGGCUGUGGCUUGUCCAAAGUUUCCCAGUGAUUUUGACAACUGACCUAACAUUGCGAUCUUCUAUAACUUCCCUUUCUCGGUUGUAGCUUUCCAUCUGCAGUGUGGAAGCAGGAAAUAAUGAGGAUUCUCCACCAGCUAUUUUAACCGGGCUAUUAGUCUCGAAUAAAGAAGCAGGGGUAUGCUGCCGAUCAGCUUUGUCUGGACUCGAGAAUCCAUUGCAGAGAUUGAGGAUCCAGGCCAAAGUCAGCAGCCUUAUAAGAACAGGCGAAACGCUAUUGGUUCCAAAUGUUACUUGGCACUGCUUCCAGAGCUGGUUUUGGCAUUCCUCUGUGCCAUUCAUGGCGGAUCUGCUGAAAAACAGCAAUGUAGAGACGCUAUCCUCUAGCAACCCGCCAUAGUUUCUUGUGGUGCUGAGAAUGAGCUGCUGAUUCCUGAUUUGCAAUCCCUGGUCCUUUAUGCUUUAACCGGUGUAGUUCCUUUGAACUGUUGAGUCAGUUUGAAUUAUUUUGUAACACAUAAUCUAAGGUCCAAUGACGGUAUGUGUGAGUCACUGUCGCUACUUCUAUUAUUAUUUGUGGUUCCUGUAGCACUUUCUAAUAUACAGAAGUGUUCUACAGUUCUGAUUUAUUUUUUGCUUUGAUCAAGCUAGUCCUCUAACGACGAUUAUUUUUUGGAAGCCACCAUGAAGUAAAGGGAGACUGGGAGCUUCAGAUCAGAGAAAGCAGCACUUACUCACAUAAAAAUAGUAUUGUUAUGUGCUCAUCAGUGCCUUAGCUAGAAAAACUGUUUAUACUUACAAGUAUUUUCCAAGCAUAAUUCUGAACGACCAUUUGGAGGAUCAAAUGCAUACACCCAACAUUUCUCCAAUGAAAAUAGGGACAUCCUAUUCCAUAAUAAUUAUAUAUAUUUUUAUUUAUGCCCCAACCAUCUGACUGGGUUGCCCCAGCCAGUCUGGGCGGCUUCCAAUAAAAGCAUAAUAAAAUAUUAAAGAUGUUUUUAAACACUUCCCUAUACAGGGCUGCCUUCAGAUGUCUUCUAAAGGUUGAAUAGUUACUCCUUGGCUCGGGGAUCUCAUAACUCCAUAAUGCAAACAUUUCUCUGGUUAGAAUAGGGAGGCAAAGUGGGAAUGCAUCCAGGAAAGGUCUUUGCACAGGAGUGGGGCCUACUGAGCUGCUGGGGCCCUGGCAACCUGCCUAAGCUGUUGGGUGCUGACACUGGGCCACGUUAGGAGCCCUGGAGGGUCUAUUUAAUGAACAAGAUUGAUGCAAAAAAUCAAGCAUGGCGCACCCUUUGGGCUCCAAAUGUAGAGGGCUAGCUGCAGACCCCUUUGCAUGCUCAAAUGGACACCAAGCAUUGGCCAGGGGCCAGCAUGCACCCAGAGCCUCAGUCACAACUUGCCAGGAACAUACAAAUGAAGCAGACUUUAUGGCGAUGGCAGUGACAGCCACCUCCCAAGUUAGGAAAUGCUACUGCAGCUUACUCCUACUUUUAAGAGUCAAGGCUGACUCAAGACAUUUUGAUGCCCAAGAUGAAAGUCGAGAUGGCACCUCGUCCCAUUCCAGGUACAAAAUCUGACCAGACUGGCAACUGAAUCUGAUGAUGGGUGGGUCAGUGUCUUCCACUGAGAGCAGUAGUCUGACUCACGGGGAUAUAGGGCAGGCCAUGUGGUGAGAACAACACUAUCCCCCAACAUUUUGCUGCUGCUUCCCCAAAAUAUCUGCUGCCUGAGGCAGCUGCAUCAUUGUGCUUAAUGGUAGGACCUGGUAUGUCCCAGCCAUGACUGGGGAUUUGAGUCCUAUCAAGUCCUAUUGAGUAUUCAGAAAUCCCAUUGUUCUCCCUGGGGGACUAGGCUGUGUUUCCAGGGCUGGGGAGGAACAGGCAUGUGCUAGACAAUCUGGCAGGAUGCGAUCUUUCUGAAUCCUGUGAUCAGGAGCUGAUUAUGGGAUCUGGCAAGCCCUUUAUUUUAACUGGAUCAUCCGACUUAAUGCAGUUCAUUCCUCUAGGGGAAAGAAAACGUAAAACCAUUUGUUACAUCCUGAAAAUACAGCUCAAUUAAAUUUACAUUUUUAUAAUAUAAAAGGGUAAAUUAAUGCAUGUAAACAUGGCUUAAUCUGUUUAUUUAAACUUGAAACAUAAUCCUUGAAAUAUGUAAACAACAUUUGUUAGGCCUCAGAGAUGUUACAAUGAUUGGACUCCAGAGACCCCAUUUAUCCUACUGAACCUUCAUCACUUCAAAGGGAAUUUUAUAUAUUUACAGCAGUAACAAGAUGUUCAGCAUAGCUAGAUAGAAAUUUGCUUCAGCUAUUUAGCUAAUGCCAGAAGGGUUUAAAUUAGAUUUUAUAGCUGUUAGCAGAAAUCUGUUUUAUGGCUAACAAGUGAGAUUUUUAAAUCCUUGGAAACAAGAUUAUUAUAAAAAUGACAGCUAGCUUAAUAUUUAGGGAGUCUAUAUGGCUUAAUAGGUUGGGUUGUUUUUUUUAAUGUGAACAAAAAACCACAAAUGGUUAUGGAAUUUUUAGUUAUUUUCCCCAAAAGUUGUGGGGGAAAGGACAUACAAUCGGGUAAAUAGCAAAAAUGUACAGCUUGGAAAUACCCGGAAAAAAUAGCAGUGAAUACUGAGUCUGUGAUAAGGCAGGCCAUAACAUACCGACUAUAAAGAAAAUAGACUGCUACUGCUAAUUAGCAUGCAAAACUUGAACGCUAAUUUUGCAAUUAAUGUGUAACUUCCUGAGGUUACUGUGGUGUAAUAAUUUAGGGCAUAAAAUUAUGAGAUGUUAAGAGCAUCUGAUCUCCCUACAGGGAAAACUUGCCGCCUUUUAGGAACAUGCCCAAACCUUUAUUAAGAUCUUGUGAUUUAGCUUGAGGGACACGGCUACUAAAUGCUCCCUUGAGGUCCCUAGAAGACAUUAUCAGGCUGUCAGUGGUUUGCUGUCAUUUGGAAAUAACUCAUUCCUCCCAGUAAUAAUGGAGAAACAUUAGCUUAGAAAACAGAUAGGGAACAUCUCUCUCCGCAGGUUCACAAAUUAGCCUCUUAAUGAGGCACCGCAUGUAGAAAGGCUUCCUUGGGCCUGUAGUGGUCAGUGGUUUUGAUAACCAACCAAGGCUCUGGAGGGCUUCCUUCAGCAUUCCAUUGCCCUCUGCUCCUGGCCAAGAAGCCGCCACCAUAGCAAGCUUGCUUUUUCUACCUAGCAGGAACAAGAAAUUAUUGUUUCUAAAGCACCCAAUAUUGCUAGGCACUUGGGUAUCAGUUGUUGCUGAUGUUGAUGAUGUUUUCUUCUCUCUGCCUCACUUUCCCUUCCAGUGAGUUCUUUUUUUAUAUCUUAUUUUAACUGACUUAAAAGUUGUAAGCUGUAUCUUUAUGGUACACCGCUUAGAGAAAUAGGGUAGUUAUUAAGUGGUAUAUAAACUAUUGAAAUAAAUAAAUAUUCUUUAAAAUAUUAUAACGCAAGGAAAGUGAAGAAUUACUUCAAUUUAGAUUUACAACCAACACCCACAGUUCUAAUUCUGAUUGUUCCAAUUCCCAAUUUUAUUGAAUUUCGUGUGUAUUUUGUAUUUGAAUAUUGAAUAUUGUAAAAUCGCUUUGGGGUGCCUCUGGAUGUUUGAAGCAAUAUAUUAAUAUAAUAAACUAAACUGACAAAAGUAGGCUAGAGGGAGGGAAGGGAAAUGUUUGCGUCAGGGCAAGGAGAAACAAGCCAAUAAAAGCUACCUGGAAAACUUAGUAGUCAUGCACUGAACAUCAGAUACACAGCAAGAAAUACCAUAUUCAUGAGUAGCCAAAUAAGAGCCUGAACAGCUAUGGGAAAGGUUGGUAAAAAAACCUGACACUGACAAUAUAUUGAUUUCAAAUCGGAAAUCUAGUUUCACUUCAGAACCACAACAUACAAAAUGGAAGACAGGCUUCUUGCAAUGGGGAAAAAAAUAUCAAUAUAAUAUUGCUUUUUAGAUUUUCAAAAUGAAAAAUGAAUCUCAUGAAAAUUCAAUCUUCUCUUAGUAUUAUUUUACUUUAUUUUUAUUGGGAUUCAUAUCAUGUUCUUCACCGUAAGGUUGCAGGGUAUGGGUUAACAUUAGUGGAGAUAAGAGCAACUGAUAAACAGAAUGUGAAAUGCACACAUAGCAUAUCUAGAGAAUAACCCAGCACAAAAACAGAUAAAAGACGUAGCUCUUCUUCUGCCAUUACCCAAAAGCUCAAUGAUAUUCCAGUCAUGAGGGCCUUAUCUAGAAAGGCUUUAGUAAAUCAAGGUGUGUUAGCAAAAAGGAUCACACUAUAGCACUGGUGAUGCAGACUUGUGCAAAUUAUAGAAAUUUGGGUGAGGGUUUUGUAACCUCCUAUGCAUAAUUCCUACUUACUUUUCACAUAGCCACUUUUGCGUUUUCCUUCUGUCUCCCGCCUCCCAAGUUGUCUUUAUAUUAUAAUUCUAUUUCUUCCUUUUUGCUGCUUAUUGUGUGGGACAUUCAGUUCUGAAGGUAAUGAAUGGAGGCAUUUGAUGGGAAGAACAUUCUUGGGUUCUAAGCUCCUCUCUAGUUUGAAACUGUAUAUAUAAUAAAAUCAGUAAGAUUUGCAAAUUAAAAGAAAAUGUUCUCUUGAAGGGGAUUAUUUCCUUCUGAGGAUAUGGUUCCACUUCAUUAAGAGGAAAAUGGGUCUGUGCUAAUCUUAGUCAUUCCACCCACUUAACCACUUUGCCAGUUAAAUUUCUAAGGCCCUGUGCCACAGUACUGAAGUGUAUUUAAUAAGAUUUACAUUUCAGCAUAAUAAGCCAUGUAAUUUAUCCCACAGAAUCCCCUUCCUUGGCAAAGGAAUUUUAAAGAGAGAUAGGAGUUGAGAUCUUAAUCCCAUUUAAUCUGCCUUCUGUAAUCUCAGGUUCAUUUCUUAAUUUGGGAUAUUUUUCCAACGCUCGGAAUCAGUAAUCUCAGCCUUUGUGCAUGUGGCAGGGAGAACGUGGCAAAGAUUUUGGCAAGAAUGGAUUGAUCGAGGAAUUAUUAUUAGUAGUAUUAGUAUUAGUAUUAUUACUAUUAUUUUGGCAGUGUUAGAAAAUGGAUUCCAAAACUGUUACUUCGGAAGGCAACAAUCACUUCUGUAAUGGUAAUCAGUAGUUCUGAAGAGGACAAUCCAAAACCAAUUAAAGUUCAGUAAUUUGUCUAAGUGAGGAAUAUGCUGAAUAACUCUAGUUAAUGCUUUAAAUUGCUUUAACACUAGUUAAUGCUUUAAAUUGCAACUCAUAAUACAUUGCCACCUAAUACAGCUGUAUAAUUCUGAUUGAUACCAGCAAAGGGUAUACAGUAUUUGAAAAAAGUCUUUUUGCCACAGCCAUGACUUUAGAAGAGCCUUGGGGAGGUGGUCUGCUGCAAAAAGUGACCAAACGAGUUGCUGAGGAUUUCAUGAUGGAAGAAAACUGGGGAUAUAUAAACAUAAGAUUAUAAAUAAGCAUUGCCUCUUAAUAGCACUCACUGGGGCACAACAGGAAUGGGCUGUUGCUCUCAUGUUGUGCUUGUGAGUUUCGUAUAGGUUGGCCACUGAAUGCUGGAACAGACAGGCCUUUGGAAGUAGUGGUCAGUGGGAUGCAGCCACAGCAACACCAGGAGGUCAGUUAAGUGGCCCCACUUAAUCACUACUGGCCUUUAGUUUGAUCCUGCAGGACUCUUCUAUGGUCUUCUUAAGUUCUAAUGCUCAAGACAAUGCAAAAUUGCAUUUUUCAAUGACAAAAGCCAUAACUGAAUGAUCAGUAACAGCCAAGACAUCUGUUGUGCACCCCACUCAUAGGCAUGUUUACUCAGAAGUAUGCCUUACUGAAUCCAAAUGAACUUACUCCCAAGUAAGUGUGGGAGGAUGUUUUUACGGAAAUCAGUUAUUCAUAUCCCUGUGUCACGUCAUCUCUGGAAACACGAGCACAAAAGCAACCUCAUAAACCAUGACAAAAAUAUAAAACAAUAGCACAGAAGAUAGAAUGUGCCAGAGUACACUCAGUUGGGUUUAAAACGUAUCUCAAAACCUUUAUUUCUCCACGUCCAGAUAUAUAAUUUUGCCAUUUAUGAUAUUUAAUUUUUCGCUGUUUUCGUAUGCUUUCUCUUCCCCCACACCAACUUCUUUAAGCUUCUGCCUUUUAUUUGAAGCUAUCAAAACAAAUAUGGGCACUGCCUUUGCAACUUUGGUGUCAUCUAACAAGAAAUCAUCAAAGGCAAAGGGUGUGAAACUAAGCCUUUUCUUAGAAUUGACUCUAAAAAUGUUGUUUCUUUAUCAAGAGAGCAAUAUGAUAGGCAAUGUGGCACGGAAACCAAUGGAUUUCUGUGUAAAUGUGUCUGGUUAGCUUUACAAACGGUUCAGUUAUAUAAGAUUCCUCCCUAUUUGUUUUGGUAUCCUUUCUAUGCACACCAGUGAUACUUUCAAGAAGUUUUCAUUUGGCUUUUCCCUUUGCUGCUCUGCACUUGCCCUUCGUGCUGUGCUUUAAGGUGUAGAUAUGAAGGAAUACUCAUUUGCUUAUAUAAGGCUGUGUAGUCAUUAAUUGUAGGUAGAGGGAACUAUAUUUUAAUCAGAACUGAUAAUUUUCUCUUGGCAAGUAAAAACUGUUAAUAGUUGGAAAGUUAUGUUUCUAGUGUGGACGGUUAAUAAAGCACGCCUCUUCCUGCCAAAACCAUACCAUCCAAUUAUCAACAUUUCUCCCCAGUUUCUCUCUCUCUUUCGCACACACUCGGCGUGAGCUUUUCUCACAGAACUGGAGUCACUUCUGGCUGUUUUGUUCAUAGACUCUUGUCAAAAAAUAUUUUCUGCAUCUCUAAUUUCAUUAAGGUAUGCUUGACUGAAAUUGUCAACAUCACUAGGAAAAGUAGGGUUUAUUUUGAAGUUUGCUCCGUUGCUUGUUGCGGCGGUUGAGCAACCCAAAAGAAAGGCAUCUAAGAAUUAUGUCACUCCGGUUAUGAUGUACAUGCGAGAAAAGAAAAAAGGUUCUCAUGAACAUGUUUGUUCUUGGGCAUAAUUGGUUAGCAGACAAGAAUUUGUGAAUUUCAGGGUGUUGGGAUUUGGCUUGUUCUCCCAGGCUACGCUUUUGAGGCUGCCAACUUUCAGCCUCCUAGGGUUUUCCUCCUUAGAAAAGUACAGACGGAGACUUCAGGUUGUUAGCAGAUGAAAUAUGGCAAGUUUACAUUUAAUUCAAAGUGACCACUCUGGAAAAUGAAGGGAGGGCAACUCCAUGCUUCUUGCCCACACUUUGAUAUCUUUAGAAUCACAACAAGGAGUUUUCACAAGCUACAGAAUUUGUCGGUUCUGAAUCAGGAGAAUCCGCUCACCUGGGGUGGAAGUGAUGAUUCUGUGAUUUGAAUCAAACCAUUUUUUGUUCAGCUGAAGUCAGGUGCAGGUGGAGUGAAUUUAAGGCAGGUUUGGAGGCCUGUGCUGGACUCCAACACCCAUCAGCCCCAGCCAGCCUGGAAACAUCUGGAGAUGUUUUUGAGAGAAUAACGGUGGUUGGUAGUCUGCUGAGGUAUCUAUGGAGCACCACCAUUAACCAUACUAACUUCAGUUUCCACAAUCAAAUCAAAGAGUUUCUGGAGGUUCUUCAGAUAUAUAUUAAUGGAGAGCAUGUUACAGCCGCCCAAUCUAUAUUGCCUCAGUAGAUGGGUGGGCAAAGCUAAUAAUGAGGUGAGCAGGGGGCUGAGGAAGGGCCAAUUUGCCACCCACUGCCUGAGACUGAUUUCAUUCUGCCUCAUUACUGGACUAACACUAACAGAAAUAGCUGGAUGGAAAAUUCGAUAAGUUUUUUAAAAAAUUGUUCCAUGCCACAUAAUGUGUUUGUGUUGCACUGCUGAAAAAGUAAAAAAAACUUGAGUCCUUGUUUCUAGACAACAUUGUGUCUCUGGUGUAGCAGGUAGUGGAAUAUGUAAAACAUGGAUAAAGUAAUUCUAGUCAAACUCAAAAUGCUGCAGGCUGUCUGCCAAACUGGACUAUUCAUUAAAUGCACAACCUUUUAUGACAGUCACUCUUAACAGUGAGUAGAUGGAUGGAUGGAUGGAUGGAAGGAAGGAAGGAAGGAAGGAAGGAAGGAAGGAAUACUUAAGGAAGUAAGAUAUUUUGGCUGACUUUAGUCCUUGCAAUUUAUCAAACGUAUCCAUUCUUAAGGAAAUCAGCCCUGAGUGCUCAUUGGAAGGACAGAUCGUGAAGCUGAGGCUCCAAUACUUUGGCCACCUCAUGAGAAGAGAAGACUCCCUGGAAAAGACCCUGAUGUUGGGCAAGAUUGAGGACACAAGAAGAAGGGGACAACAGAGGACGAGAUGGUUGGACAGUGUUCUCAAAGCUACAAACAUGAGUCUGACCAAACUGCGGGAGGCAGUGGAAGACAGGAGUGCCUGGCGUGCUCUGGUCCAUGGGGUCACGAAGAGUCGGACAUGACUAAAUGACUAAACAACAACAAGUCCUUGAAACAAAGCAAGCUGACUCCAACUGGGACACAGUUUGGGGUGCAGAUGUGCCCCCCCGGCCAUGAAACUGUCGGCCUGAUCAUUGCUGACAAGCACCCAUGAAGUAAUCCACAAUGGGCUCCUCCAACUUAGGGAUGGGAAAUUGAGUACAUUAAGCGCUGUCUUCAUUGUGUGGCAUUUUGAGUGAUUAAAGCCUCACAGAUGUUUUACUUUGCAGGGAGUGGGUGUUAUAAACAUGCAUGGUUUUAGAUUUCCUGUGUUAUUGAUUGAUCUGCCUUUGAGCCAUGUUGCUGGAAAACCCAGCAUACCUCAUGCAGAAGAAGAGCCCUUAGAGUCGUUGGGGUUUUAUUUCUGCAUCCAAAGUGUCAAAAUACAGUGUGAGUGGAAGAAGCCUUAUUGCCACCAGAAAGCAAGCCUCCUCUGUAAGAUCAACCAGCUAUUUCAGCUGUGUUCUAAAACAAAACAAAACUGGACUCAAAAGCAAAGCAAUCUGUAAGUGAAUAGAGACAGCCAACCAAACACAUGAGAAAUGUGCCUGUUUCUUAAAGUAUAGCAAUACAAGUGGCUGUGGCUGGUUAUAAACCAUUCCCUGGCUGUUACUGCUGUUCCUCUACUUACUGACUAAUUGCAGUGAAUACAUUAAUUCUGUCUGCUUCCCUCCAUGCUUGGCGUAGACAACACAGUACCUCUCCUCGUACAUUGUUGAACUACAAAUCCCACCAGCCCCAGCCUGCUUGGCCCAUACUAAGGGAAGAUAAAGAUUUCUUCAACAUCUGCAGGGCGCUAUGCAUUGCUGCAGUGCAUUGCUCUCGAUUUUUGUGUUCUUUGUAUACUGAUGUUGGGUGCCCUCAAACAUAAUUUUAUGGCCCCCUAAGACCCCACUGAAUUUGGCAACUGCAGCAAAAAGGGGAACAAAUAAACAUAGUGCUGGGGUAAGGGGAACCCAGCAACCUGAUGGGCAGGCAAAUUGCCACCUCCCCAGCCAGCCAGUGAUUGAUCAUUGGAUGAGUAGAGAGAUGAACAAAAAAUGCUUUCAUUUGAUCUGUGUGGAUCAGCUGAGAAGGGUGUGUGUGGUGUGUGUGUGUACAUAGGCAUAGGAGAAUAUGAGGAGGCAGUACCCACCUUGUUUGUUUUUUAAAAAUAAUUUUUAUUAAGUUUCCAGUUACCAAAUCAAACAUAUCACACCAAUUAGUCCAAAUUAUAACAAUACAAAUCAUCAAAUCCAAAUAUUUUCCAAAUUAUAAAUUUUUGUGGGGGGUACCCAUGCUCCGAGAUCGGCAGGGGGCAGUACCCACCUUGGGGCAGACCAACUGCUGGUAUGCCAUCCCUGGAGUUGAGCCAAGGGUGAGUUCUCCUUUGAGCCAUAAAAGGUUAGCUACCCCUCAUAAAGAGCAAGGGUGGCUAAUCUAUGGCCUUCAAGAUAUUGCUGGACUAAAAGUCCCAUCACCCCUCUGAAUGGAACUGGUGUGAGAUGUGGUCCAACAAAUUCUGGGAGGGCUGCUGAUUCCCCAUCUGUAGAGAAAUGAGAAAUCUAGAGAAAUGUGGUUUUGCAAUAGCUAUGUUUUCAACCAGUAUUACAGGGGGAGGAAAUUCUUACAAAUUCUGAGCCACCUCCGCCGCAGGAGACAUUGUAGGGCUGAAGCAAAAGUGCCUGUUUGCGUGACACGAUUUAAAAACUUGAAGUUUUGAAAUUGUCAUUUGUCACCAGGAAGACAAAAGCAAAAGGAAUUGCUGGCUUAUGAGGAUUUCCUUCCCAAGUUUGUGUUUUUCACCCCAAUCGAGAAGCGGGCUUCCAUUGUCCCUGGUCUUGGUGCUGCAGAGUUGGGCGAUGCCGUGUGUGAGGCUCGGAGGCUCUCGGUCGGGGGCCUGGCCAUCUCCAGACUCCUGUGGGAGCCCCAACUGGUCCUUGAUGGGGAAAAGUUGUUGUGACAGUGACAACGGAGCCUUGAGAACGGGGCUUAGAAAGCUGGGAAAAGCCUCCCCUCCUGUGACUUGGGGGCUGUCUGUGCCAGGACCAUCAACCUCCCAGCCAACAAGAACCGGACACAGCUCCCUUAAGAGCCUGUCAGUCCUUUUCAGUCCUAUUCACUAAUCAGCCAGAGGGCUAGCUGUUGAAUGAGAUGGGGCACUUUCCUCCCCCAAGGACUGGCUCAGUGUGCUGCUUCCAUAGUUCUCACAAGCCCUGCCGGCCCAGGGAACAAGAGGCUCGGAUUGGAAAUCAAACUGUGGUUUUCUGCAUGACUGUGCAGUGUGUAUGAACAGCAGGCCAUUUUAUAAAUAUUAUAUAUAUUUGGUUUUUCCCGACACUGGGUGGGUUUGUUUUCAUCUCCUGCUACUGCUCUUUCCCCCUACUCCCUCCCCCUUUCUCUUUUGCCAGAGGCAUGGGUACACAAGGAGUUCUAUUAGAAGCCUAGAUGUGGGUUUUGAGGUUUUGUCCGUCUCAUUACAGUGAAUGCAUCACCUGCAUGACUCAGUCAUUCUUUGGGCUGCCUGGGGAGCGAGACUCCAAGAGCAGGCACAACGAUAAUCCUUUCUCAUUAUGGGGCUCACUGUUUGCUGCUGUGAGAGUAGGCCAGCUUCUUCUCAACACAGCAUUAAAAAAAAAAAUCGUUAAUACAUUUUGUGCAUAAAAUUGCCUUUACUUUCUUUUUUUAAUCAACCCUUCUCUUUAUGCCAAAGUUAAGUAGAGAGAGAGAGAGAGGGAGGAUGUACGAUUUUGCUGUUUUAGUCAGAAGCGAGGUUUGCAUGGAGGUUAUUCCACACAACAGUAAACAUCACACGUAACAAAAUCAAACAAAUCCAAGGUAGACUGCAGAAAGAUUUAUGGUGGGGUGGGGGGAGCUGGUAUAAUGACUGCGCUCUAAAUUUGCUUUUGCAUCUGUUGUGGAGCUAAGCAUUGGCCAUGUUCACACAUCACUUGUGAGCAAGAAACCAUGGUUUAUUGUACACAAGUGAAUCACUCCCACUUCCUUCCAUGUCACGCUGGAGGAACUUUACCACAUAUAAUGCUUAGUGUUUUGUCUGAGCCAGUGAUUGUGAUUUCUUUCACUUGUUAACAAACCAUGGCCAGUGAGCCAAGAACCAACCUUGGCUACAAGGUUUAUGCAGGGGACGCUGGUGCCCAUUGGUACCAAUAGGGUAGAAGGCAGGGAGGCCAACAGUAGGGGGAGCCAGAGCAAAUGGCUGUGGAGCUAGAGCCCACAAAUCAUUGUUUUGCCCUCCUCCUCCGUGCUGCUGAGUUAUGUAAGGGCAGCACAAACUAAGGAGGAGGAGGCGGCUGGCCACCAAUAGAACUCCCUGAACCAGUUGUAAGUAAAGAAGUAGGCAGGUGGGGGCUGGUUGAGGAGAGUCUGGUCUUAGCGGGGUAGUGCCCCACUUUGGUUUGAUUUUUAUUUAAUUUUUUAUUUAAUUAUUUAUUUUAUUUUAUUAUUUUAUUUAAUUAAUUAUUAUUUAUUUAAUUUCUGUAUCACUUAAUGUAAUAUGUAUGUAUGUAUGUAAGUGAAGGGUUUUCCAAACUUGGGUCUCCAGCUGUUUUUGGACUACAACUCCCAUCAUUCCUAGCUAGCAGGACCAGUGGUCGAGGGUGAUUGGAACUGUAGUCCAAAAACAGAAGCAACAACAGACAACUUAAACAAAAUAUUGCAAAAAUACACAGUUGCAUAUAAAUAUGUUGCAUUAAUACAAAGUUACUAAUAUUUAUAAAUCAGUGUCAAUUCAUUUUCCGUCUGACACUUCCUUCCUUGCAACCUCCAGGUUCUCAUCCAGAGUCUAAACCAGGGGUCGGCAAGGUUUACCGGCCAUGGGCCGGAUCAUUCCCACGGAGAUCGCCGUGGGCCGGACUGGCGCAGCGUGACGCCAGAAAUUGCUUCUGCGCAUGCCCAGACACUGAAAAUCACGCCUACGCAGAAGUGAUUUUCGCCAUCUGGACAUGCGCAGACAUGAUUUCCAGUAUCUGUGUGUGCGCAGACACAGUUUCCCAUGGCACUCAGCAAGCCCCCGUACCGCACUGCGCCAGUUUAGCGCAGCACAUGGGGAACUCACUGAGUGGGCGGCUCAGUUCAGGUAAAACGGUCUUCGUGGGCCACAUCCGGCCCAUGUCCCGCACGUUGCUGACCCCUGGUCUAAACAAACUCUCACAAUGGCAAUUAUAGGUCUGCAACAAUGGGUUUGCUGAGCAGCAGGUGGGUAGCAUGUGAGGGCAGAGGAGGGUGUUUUCACCAGUGAAGCUGCAGUAAGGAAGGUCAAGUCCAAUUCUUUCCCCUCUCAUCCAGUUUCUCUCUGAAAAUGCCCCCUCUGUCCACAUUCACCUCAGACAGCGACCACAAAAUUUGGACCCCAUGUUCUUUGACAUUUUGGCCCUGAGAGCCUCAAAAUGAGGUAACAUAGUGCUGAGGACUGUACCACUUUGUGUCUGCAGGUUUGUUCUCCGUUACAAAAAAAUAAAAUAAAAAUCAAUGCGAAUAGAAAAUGAGCACAUCAAAAGACUGGGUUAAAUCCCCACUCUUUAAUGUAUUGAUUUUCUGUUUGCAGGGAGGGUUGAUUGGUUAGUUGUUUUCGUUUUUUGUUUUACAUGCAAAUGUGAAGUUCUCCACCUGAAAUCAGAAGUGGUACAAUCUAUUCUGCCAAUUUAUUCCCACCACAUCCAGCUGCAUGUAGAGAUCCAUAGUCCAUAAUCAUUUAUCCAUUGCCUUGUUUGCACUCCUACUAUAAAUUCUGGAGUCCGCAAGAAGAAAGGAAUGUGUGGAAUGUCUAUCUGGAGUCUUUGUAAGCCUAUAACUAGGAAAGAAGCACAUGCAUUUUGAUUGGACAGUAGAGCCAGUGGUAAAAUUCUGUACAUUCUAGAGAAUUCCUUGCAGGACCUUCUUUGUGGGUCACAAAUGCUCCUGUUGGAAAGCAGGAGUGAAAGGUGGAGAUUCAAAAAGUUCUGUUUUGUAUAUGAAAAUAUGUGUCCUUUUCACCCUUUAAAAUUCUUUUUAAAAAUUCUUUUUAGAAAACCAACAGACUUACUUCUUACCUGGAACUCUAUAGUUUGAAUAAAAUUAUAAAGAAACUUGCUAUCCUUUUCGGAGGGAAACAUUUUCACAUUUCAGUUCCAAGAUGUUCUCAGUAGGGAGUUGGGAGUUUUUCAUUGUCUGUGCUGGCUCAUACUCCAGGCAACACAGACUGGGAAUGUGAUAGGCUGAACUAUACAGUAGAGAGAGAUAAGAAAAAGGCGAUUUAAGACGUGGCACCCAUUUGUUUAGACCCUAUCUAUAUGGUGAAACGAAAAGCACCUCUCUAUAUCUGUCUGUCUAUCCAUCUAUCUAUUUAUCAAUCUAUCGUAUCUGGUUCAGUUGCGACGCAAACACAGUAACCUGGUUGAUGCCUGCAGGGAUGCCAAGCUUCGGUAUCUGGUCCAAAAAUUAGCUUUGUACAUAUGCUAAAUUAAAGAUUGGCAGCAGAAACGGCACAGAUCCCAUAUUGGCAGCCGUUUGCAAAUCCCAUAUUGGCAGACUUCUCAACAUAAAAGAAAGAAGGCAAGCUAUACAAAGGGCAGAGAGCCCAAAAGAGACCCCCUCCCUCUCUUAACAUCAACGAGUGGAACAUUCUGAACUCCACUUAAGAAAAAUCCAAACGCUGCUAAAAACAGAGAGGUCCUUACCUGCCGCCAGCACAAGGCAGGUACAGAGCUGACCUGCCUAUUCAUCCUCCUCUGGAGGGGGUGGAGAAAACCUUUCCGCUUGUUCUUAGUAAGCUAAAUUUAGCUUGAGCGGAAGCUACAGUAGCUUAAGCUUAUUCCCAUAACUAGCACUGUGUCUGGCUGAUUUUCUUUUCACUCUUGUAAAUCAAGAGUCAUCUCUCGGAAAUCACUGGAAGGCUAGUUCUGCUCAAAAAGAGAAGCACAUUCUAGUGGACUGUGUGAAUGGGGCACCUCAGCCUGCCCUGCCUUCUUACUUACAGCCAGUAGACAGCACUGGAUGUCAGCUUCCUCUUCCUUGGACUUAGUGUUGCCAUUGUAGAAUUAACUGACUCUGCCUGUCGUUGGCUCUGGCGCCACCUACUGUUAGCCUCCAUGCCUUCAGCCUUACCAGUGUCCCAAUGGACACCAGCCAUCACUGUCACAUUCCUGGUUUCUGAAUAAAGAGUAGGAAUAAAGAGUGUUGUGCUAAGGUGACCACCACACCAGUGCAAGCAUUGCAGCUUGCCAGAUGGAGGAAACUGGAAGUUCUCCUGACACACCCACACACCUAAGGCAAUUUGGGGGGGUGGGGCAUUGAGGGGCACAGGAGGAGAGGGGGUAAAUCUUUGUUGUGCAAAUGGAAGCUCUUGCUUGCACUAAUGCAUCUCAUUGGGGGAAUCCCACCCAAAGCGUUUCAGUGAUUUCUUUCGGUUAAACUUGUUUAUCUUGGUGUUCCACUCCCAUACUGAAAUAUCCUACAUCUUCAACAUUAGGCAUGGCAGAAAUCUGAGAUUGCUGUUGAGAAGAAAUAUGAAGCCUGUGGUUUGUGGUGAUCUUGGCAAAAAAAAAUUCAUUUCCUCCAUCACUACUACUCAGCUGAAAGAAAAAGAGACCAUAAUUGAAAAAUUGUAGGAGAGAAACAGACAUUGCUGCUUCCGCCCCUGCUCCUAAUAGAUUGAAAUGGAAAUAACUCCAUUUCGAAGGUAUCGUGCAGACACUGACCAACAGCUUGAUGGAAUGUUAGUCAAAAAUAUUUUUUAAAAUACCCAAUAAUUUAUCUGCAACUGUGGGAGAAUUUAACCAGGAUUUCCUCUUUUAAAUUACACACGCAUACAACACACACAUUUAAUUAUCGAGUUGCACAAUUGUAUUAGAAAACAAGUGUAUGAGCUCGCCCUUGUAUCUUUCAAGCCAAACUCGUGACAUCAGGAGACCCAUGAUUGGACCUCCCACCAUUUUUGUGCUUAAAGAGAUCCCCGCCCCCUCCCUUUUCCAUUAUUAGGUAUUCAAGACAGCUUGCAAGCAUGUUUGUAAAACAAUGUUUUCAAUCUCAGGCUUCCGCCUGUUGUCUUCUGCAUGUAAGAUCAUCAGUCGUGUAACAAAGGAACAGACUUUCUCACUCUACAUUGAUGUGAACUCACAUUCUAGCUGUCUUGGCAUUGGCAGUAGGGCAGAGAACAUCCACAAUGCCUGGAAGCAUCCAUCCUCCCCAGACCAAAUCUGAAUUCUGUUUUCGGAUAAGAAGGUCCAUUCCAUACCCUCAAACAUUUCUCCAAAUGUUGAAAAUAGGGAUAUCCAUUAUUAUUAUUAUUAUUAUUAUUAAUUAUUAUUAUUCCCCACCCAUCUGACUGGGUUGUCCCAACCACUCUGUACAGCUUUCAACAUAUAUAAAAAAUCAUUAAACAUUAAAUAUUUUUAAAAAUCCCUAUACAGGGCUGUCUUCAUAUGUCUUCUAAAGGUUGUAUAGUUACUUACCUCUUCGCACAGGGAUCACAUAACUCCAUACCCUCCAACACUUCUUUGAUGAAAAUAGGGACAUCCUAAGGAAAAACAGUGGGACGCGGGUGGCGCUGUGGGUAAAACCUCAGCACCUAGGACUUGCCGAUCGCAUGGUCAGCGGUUUGAAUCCCCGCGGCGGGGUGCGCUCCCGUCGUUCGGUCCCAGCGCCUGCCAACCUCGCAGUUCGAAAGCACCCCUAAGUGCAAGUAGAUAAAUAGGGACCGCUUACCAGCGGGAAGGUAAACGGCGUUCCGUGUGCUGCGCUGGCUCGCCGGAUGCAGCUUGUCACACUGGCCACGUGACCCGGAAGUGUCUGCGGACAGCGCUGGCUCCCGGCCUCUAGAGUGAGAUGAGCGCACAACCCUAGAGUCUGUCAAGACUGGCCCGUACGGGCAGGGGUACCUUUACCUUUUUAAGGAAAAACAGGACAUUCUGGGAUCAGAUCAGAAACCAGGACAGCUUCUGUAAAUUCGGGACUGUACUUGUAAAAUAGGGAUACUUUGAGGGUCUGCCAUUCAGUGCUACUCCUGCCACAAAUUAUUCUUCCCUCAGAUAGCUGACUGGAUUGCUGAGGGGGAGCAUAAAUUUGAUCAGGACUGCAGUGCUGGGGAAGGGUAGUUUAAAUUUCCCCCUCCGUGCUGUUCCCUGGAUGAAAAUCCCUCCCUUACCCAAGCUGCUGUUGGCCCCAUGAGCAAAACAUACAGGUUACUAUAUCUCUGCUGUCAAGCAGUUGGGAGAUUUGCAUCCUAGAAUUACAUUCCCAGCAUUGCAAAUUAGAAGAGGCAAGAGAAAGAGCAAUAAAUGGUUCUGUUCAAAGGCCCAUUCUCUACCACACAAAGAUGAUCUUUGGCCAGAUGAGUGUGUGAGCUGUCUCACUGUUGACGCUACUUAAGAAAGCACUGUUCUGCGAUAGGUUGCCUCUUUUCGUGUGGCCUUUUCUUGCUAAUUAUUAGGUAUGUAAAAUGGUAUUUAAGACUCCGUUGGCAAUGACUAAUGUUUGCUCUGAUUUGACCUCCUUGCGCUGGGGCUGCUGCUUCUGUUACGGUAGCUGAGAUGUCUCAUGUCUACUCCACAGCAUCUGCAAACACUCAGCCCCCAAGAGUCAUCCUACGCUCAACUGCAGGAGAUCAUCUUCAGAGAAAAGCUGUUGCAGUUCAGUACAAUGGCUUCAUUGUCUAAAUUACGCAGCAGCAAAAGCAGUAGUAGUUUUUUCUAUCUAUCUGUCUAGCUAUCUAGCUAUCUAUCUUCUGCUUUCUUUGUGACAAAUAGAAAUGCAGAGAAAUGAGUGAAAUCCGCCUGCAAACAGUCCAAAUUAGAAUAAUAUCACCCCCCACACAAGACCAUAACAGUGGCAGAUGGACAGAGGAAGAAAGUGUAUAUAGUCUUUAUUUCCUGCCAUUAUAGCAUAGACCCUUUCAGAUUGCAGUAAGCAUCUUGCCAUCUGCAAAUCCAAGUCUUUCAAUUUCUCUUGAGGCAAUGAUUCAAAAUUCAUGCUUUAUGCCUUUUCUCCCAAAAUCCUAAAUGUUGCAUUUUACUUUCUAAUAAACAAAUGACAAAUGAAUCCUUGCUCCUGUCCCAUCUUCAGAUUUUCUUCUGCACAUUUCCCUAGAGAAUCUGGUCAUGGGCAAGAGGGGAGCCAGUCAAAUCACUGCAACUUGUUAGCCUGUGCACUUUUUGUGAUUGUAUGACUACAGUCAUUUGCUUUUCCAUUCCUGUUUCAUUUGCAACCUUUGUCUAGGGCACCGGAAACUGAGGGAAGUGGGGUGGGCAGAGCUGUUUUCCUAACACAUUUGAGGAAAGGUGGAAAAAACCUUUCUUGCCAUUUCUGGGAGGAGCUUCUUUGGGAGGAAGAGUGGGAAAUAAUAAUAAUAAUAAUAAUAAUAAUAAUAAUAAUAAUAAUAUCUGUUACAGUAAUCAAAAGUUUUCCCCCCCAAAUAAUUAUUACAUUUAUUUCCUUAAUCAUUUUGUUCUGUUUAUAUCCUAUUCCAUCCCAAGAUGAAAUGACUUGCAUGCAUAUUUAGAACUUUUUUAAAUGAAUGAAAUCUAGAUAAAUUGUUCUUUCAUUUAUAGUGUCUUGCCAGGAGGGAGGAUAGACCUUUUUCCUUCUUCUGACCAUAGACUGGGGACAAACUGUCUUCCUUGUUCCGUCUGCAGUCAUAGGGUGUAUAAGCAUUUUGAGAUAGUAUUUGUUAUGUAUUCAGUGGUCUCUGUUUUCCUGAGCUCGAGUCUGGACUAAAGAUUCUGAGCUCCUGUGUUCUGAUUUGAUACAUGAUGUCCAGUCACAGAACAUUUCAGGAUUUGGGCCUCUGCCAUUGGCCCUUGAACUCUGAGUCAUGAUUCGCAGCUUGGAAGUUUAGACAGCCAAUCACCUUGGGAGUGGGAGUGGCCCAGACUUUCAGGAAUGUAUAUAAGCAGUUGCUUUGCCCGUUUCCCAGUUAUGUAGUUCAAUAAAGGUUCUUGCUGUUAUCACCAUGUCUUCCCUUAUGGGAACCCACCUACACUUCACUGGGGACAAGGAUGGGAUGCUAGGCUAGGUAUGCAGCCCUGGCUAGCUUCCACAAGCUGAAAUCACUGCUGGGAACUACCGCCUCAUCUGAGAUGAAAUCAUUGACUGCACCCACAAGGCAGAUCACACAGCAGACCUCAUGGCCACCCAGGGCCACAUCAAGGAAUUUGACACCACGGUUCCAGGGAAAUGGGACUCCCAUGCCAGGUUCACAGUUGCCUUUGGUUCCCCUUUCCCUGGUCAUGCAAGCAGGGAGUGGAUGAUGACGUCCCACAUCAGGAUUUGUUUUUCCUCUGGCCAAUGUCAUCCUCCUUGGCUUGACUCAUUCUUCUUAAUGCCUGUAGGGUUGUGGGGGGAGAUAUCCUUAUGUUAAUUUGCUGUUCAAUGGAUUUAAAUGGUGUGUGUCUUUGGGGAAAAACCCAAUCACUUUCAGUUAAGCAAUCAAUCGGUACAGGUGCAAAGGAAAAAGGGCAGUUCUCUAGCCACGCCAGUGGAAAUGGAACCUAAGCUAAGAUAUGAGAACACAGGAAACUUACAUCAUCCAUGUUAUCUGUCCAUCUAAUUCAGCACUGUCUACUUUUUGUAAGUCGUCAUGGGACUUUUUUUGUGUACGGAUUCUGCUAAAUUCAACUAACUAAUUAAAUGAUACACUUGGCUUGCAAUGGCUCCCCAGGGUCUUGAGCAAAGUGUUUCCCUUUCCUUGUUUCCUAAUUAUUUUAAAUGGAUAUACCAAGAGUUGAUCCUGGGACCUUCUGCAUCCAACGCAUGUGUUCUGCCAUUCAGUGACUAGCCUGAAGUUGCCCAGUGUUCCGUAGCUGACUAAAGUAGGGUUUUAAAGUAGGUCUUCUCAUCUGAAUGGCAACACUAUCCCCAUGGUGGUCAAACUGCAGGCUUGUGAAAUCUACUUGGCUAUUUGCUGAGACAUCUCUAUCAGCCACAGCCAAAUGCAGAACAGUGACACAGGGAGUCAUGAAGUUCAAAGCACAUACUCAUCCCAGAAAUUUAUUUAUAGUAGCACCGAAUUCACUGUCCUUUCAAACAAACAAAAAAUUCAUUCCUCGUUUACCUUCAAGCUGUCUUCAUUGCAGCAGACUAAUUUAUGAUUUUAAUAAAUAUUUCAUUUUUUUGCUAUUGUUAAACAGCGCUGACUUGGAAACUCUUGCGUAUUUACUGCAAUUCAUCCAGCAAUGUAUCAGUAGAUCCUAAUCUACCUUCUAUUCAGUGCCACACCACACUGUCCCUCCUUCCUGGCUGAGCAGAAAUUUGAGUCCAGUUGUCUCCUGUCUGAGGCUGACACUCUGCCAACUCUGCCACUGAGCUAUUCAAAUAAGACUGCUCCUCUCAUAGCCUGCUAUCUCAGACAUUCAUGGCACCAUUCAUGGCAGCAUACAGGUGUGCAGGUGUCAAGGUUUUGGAGGCAAGAAAGUGCACUCCUUAAGAACAGCAAAUAGAAGUGUAGUUCCUUCUACCUGAAAACAAGAAAGGCAGUAUGCAUAAACAGGAAGAUAGAAGGGCCCUCUAGUUUAGUACUGGAUGAAAUAAACAAGGAGAUCCUGGGCACUGCCAGAGCUCCAUUGAGAAAUAUCAUGUCCCCUUGGGGCAGUGGAACAGUCAUUGGGCUCCACCUCUCCUAAAAUGAUGAGGCCAUUACCAUAAUAUAUGUUAUGGAACUGUGAUCAGUAUUCAAAAAGCACAGCAGGAUGGCUCAGAAAACAGAUCUGGUCAAGCAAGUUGAGGCCAAAGUUUGUCAGACUGAGGUGAAUCCAAGUAAGACAAAUCAGAUUAAGGCAACUUGGUCUACAUCUGACUUACUCUGCAAUCCCAACUACGAUUAUCUGAGGGUGAGCCUUACUGAAUUCAUUAGGGGUUGCUUCUUAGUAGAUAUGAUUCGGAUGGUGUUGCUAGAUGCCACUGAAAAGCAAUCAGGACCAUGGAUAGUUUCAAGUGUGUUUUACUAGCUGAGCUGUAGAACGGUGUUGUCUCAGCGAGAACUAGAGUCCACGGAAGCCUCAGAAAGGCUGCCAGGGCCAGACUUCCCAGUGCCAACCAACUGGAGAACUGUUACUAACCCUUAAAAGACCCACGGCUGAUUCUACAGUCAAUGCUCCUGCAUGGCUAUGGAGUAGGAGAAGCUACAGGAGACUCACCCCCAGGGUUUGAAGAUGUAAUGAUCACGUCUCAAGUCAUUUAGAAGGGGGGCAGCUAGCUUUCCUCCUACAUACGGUGGGUGACCUGUGAUAUUUCCCAGUCUGAAUCGUCUGGAUUCCGGAUUCAGGGAGCAUAACACACACAGUAUGUAUGCAUAACAAAGCUAGAAAUAGAAGAAGGGAACUGCCACAAGUUGCAAGCCUAUAAAUAUAUAUAAUCAAUUGGUUUCAAAUUACCACACAGAAACAGGAAGUCUUAGGACAUUCAUUGCUGUUUUAUAGAUUGUUUAAGCUAUGCCUAUGAAUUGACUCUUGAUAAAGAUCUCAAGAAGUUGCCUGUCUACACACCAAGCCCCUAUAAACCUUAGAAUUCUCUUUCCAUAAUCUUUAGGUGUUGAUCCUCAUCCAUAGAUGCUGAACUGUAUUUCAUGAAUAAUCUUGUGAUUAUUUGAAGUUUUAUAUUUGCAUUAUUCAAAGCUUACUUAUACAUUAUAUCUCUUUCUUCCUUGUUAUCCUUAGUUAUUCACACCUUCUGUUUCUUGGUUUGUUUAGCAUGACCUCAUUGAGAUUGUGCAUGCAUAAUGAAAUGGGCCAGCUGAAUUCUCACAGCCUGGAUGGUUUAGUGGCUCUAGUGUUUGGUCUGCGUAUGGGGAAAUCCAAAUUCCAAUUUUUAUCAGCUAUAAAGCUCCCCAUCUCUUAACCCCACCAUCUUUAUUUACAGGGUUAUACUGCAUGUAUAACGUUUGAUUGACCAAAUUGCUUAUAAAAUUUGUUGGUUACUUCUCUAUAAAAUGGCCAAAGCAAUGUGCAAUAAUUCAUCAUAUCUGUUGGAAACAUAAUGUAACAACUUUUUAAACCUGUAAGCUACCCAUUGAAAAUCAAACUACAUUCAGCCGUGCAGCAAGGCAAUGUAAGAGACCUUUCGGAAGGCAGGGGAAACUGCUUCAGCUAAAAUACAGUACAGUGCUGGAACUUGAUGGACUCCUUGGGAAGUCAAGUUCUGUGAGCUUGUAUUUCUAACUACAGCAAAGGAGGGCACAAUGCUUGAACAUACAGUUGCUAAUCAUAUGAACAAAUGAAUUUUAGGAUAUGGCAGUGGUGGUUGCUAUAUCAUGCAGAACCCCAGUCCCUAGAAUGAAAUGAAGAACUACAGAUGCUGAAAAAACAUGCUUGCUGAAUGAUGAUGUUGUUGUUGUUGCUAGUUUAUUUAUACCCCGCCCAUCUGGCUGCGUUAAACUGGUAUGAGACAUUCUUAAGCUACUAGUUUAAAUUCCACUGGAGUGAUAGCCCAAACCACGUGGUGUAAGGUUCAAAAAGUCUCGACCAGCCUUUGCCAACCUGGUGCCAUCCAGACAGCUGCCAUCAGCCUCAGGCAACCUUCCAAAAUAAAGCUGUGGCUAAUAUGGUGCACAGUUCCAUACUGCUGGGCUUGUUUUAAGACUUUGACUUGAGAUAGCUGAAUGUGAAAGUAUCUGUAUUCUUUGCAUGUGGAUUGGUGUGCUAACCAAGUGAAGCUCCGUAUGGUAUUUACAGUAGGAAUAGUUCCUAAAUUUAUGGCUCAUUUCACUUGAGAGAGGAGGGAGAGGAGAGAAUUUAACUCCCACGUGCUAUGACAGUAAGACAUGGGGCAGUUGGGGGGGUGGAGAAAAGUGAAUGGGAAUCGGUCUGGAGAAGCUGUUUCUAGGCUCCUUGGGACCAAGAUUGAGGAAAGAAAGUAGGAAACCAUGAGAUUGGGAAGGCUUGCUUCUCUAUCUCAAAACGUGUUGGGAGAUGCAUAAUCAGCAGGGAUAAUUGCAAUGGCGUCAAGUGUUUUGCUAUCCCGCAACAGCAGAGUAGAGGUCCUUCUACCAAGGUGCAUGGAACAAUAGGAAUACUUGUUCAAUGAAGGAAGCUGGAUCUUAGAAACCAAUAAGAAGAGACCAUAAAAAGUGGCCACAAGCUGGGAUGAUUUUCUGCACUCAGUGUUGUAGGAUAUUUUAAAACCUGAUUCUCUAGUGACAAAGUGGGAUAUGGAUUUCAUUUUGGAGCAUUCCUUUUUUCAAACUGUUUAAUGUUCAUGUGUCACUAUCACGGUUGUGCCAGCUUGCACCUGGCAGCAGUAUAAACAAAGCUUUGGCAAGAGUUCUUUCCUUUGGGAUGGAGACAUCUGAUUUUCAAGCUGAAAACAUGUCAGUGUUGCGAGACACUCCAAAUAGCCUGUUUUUUUUACCAGUACAGUAAAUUAACCCGCCUAGUGUAGUGUUAAAUGCUUUGCAAACACCGACUGGAGGCAAGGGGGGAAAUGGCAAAAACAAACAAAAACACUUCGAUAAAUUGUUUGCCUAGCUUCGCUGAAAGCAAAAUAGCAGAAGCUAAAUAAGGAAGGGAAGCUGCCUGGGAAUACAAAAGACAGAAUGGCAGGAUGGAAACGAGACGUUUUUGGGUCUCUGCCUGCUUUCCUGGAAUGUGAGAGUGCCCAGGAAAGGCAGUGGGGCAAUGCUGAAUGAAAGAAACCCCUACAGUAAAAUGAAACGGGAGAUCUUCUGACAAGGACUUUCAGCCUUAGUGAACCGCUGAAAAUUAAAUUGAUUGAACAAGCAGACUCAAUGGCUGCUGCACCAGAAAAUAAUUAAAAGUGUGGAUCUUGCAAGCAUUGUCAACCUGUGAGACCAGCAGCACAGAAAGCAUCAAAUAAACGGAGCUGAACUGAGCUUUUAGGUCACAUGUGUAGCAGCUGAAAAAUGCAGUCAGAAUAGAUUGCAACUCUGCAGGGUAGGAGGUGUUUUUCUCUGUUCUGUCAAUAUUCUGUUCUACAGUGAUAUAAAAAUGCUGUAAAGGAAGGAGACGAGGAUGAUACACUAAAACCUAGGCUGUUUGUGCUUCACAGUGCCGGGAUCCCUUUGCACAAAUGCAGAUAUUGGUGUUUAGAAUACAGGGUCUGAAGGAUCUCAGGUUCGGGUUUUUUGUUUGCUUUUUUAUUUUUUUAAAAAAUCAGAUUUCUGCCCUUUAUCUCUGCAAAUAUAUGUUUGAAAGGGGUGCAGAAAAAUGCCUGAUAAAAUCUCAGAGUGAAGACUGGCAUCAUGUUAAAGAAACAGCCACAAUGGUUUUUCAGCUGUGGUGUAAUGAGUCCAGACUUGCAAUUCGCAGGAUGGGCAAUAGAUACUAGUGAGCUGAAUGCUGAUUUAGAUGUUUGAUUUGUCCCCUUCCCCUCAUACUUCAGGCAGGCUUCUUACUGUUUGAAACUGCAAUUUUUAAAAAGCAAAGUAUAUAUUGAUUUAUGCAUACAUCCUUCAUUUUACUUUUUAAAAAAUGAGGCACGGUUGGGAAUGUGCUGUAGUGACAUCACAGAUAUUAUUAGCCUGUCACCAGUAGUGAUGGAUGAGAUAAUCUCCUAUGGGCAGCCCAGAACCUCCAUAUACACUGUCCAGGCUUGCACUGUACCCCAUAGAAGUCACUAUGCGGUAUGACUUCAUCCCUGGAGGCACACUCCAUUUUCUCUUGAGACAGACAGAUGCCAACAAUUACUCAGCUCAGGGUUGUAUGUCCCCCACAAAUGGGAGGCUCUUUGAUCCAAGGGAAGCUCCAUCAGUGGAGCAGGGGAGGUUUUGUUUGUUUGUUUGUUUGUUUGUUUGUUUGUUUGCCAAUUUAGCCACUCCCCUCCCCCAUAUCACCAUUGGUGGGGUUGAUGAGUGCUGAUGCUGGCAGGACUAAUCUGUGCAAAGCUCAUUCCUUUCCUGUUUAGCUUCCUUAACAGAAAAAGCUUGGUGUUUUCAUAAGAGUUCACCCUCAGCUUGCAGAGUUGGUGUAACUGCACUGAGGGUGCUGUGUGCCUGCACAUUUUCAUAUUGCUCUCUCAUACUUCCAACAUUUCCCCAGUGAAAAUAGGAAUGUCUAUUUCUAUUUUUCCAGAAAAAGAGAUGCCGAAACUCACAAUGAACGCUUCCGUCGUUCUCUUAGAAUGGCAAUGCUGCCCACCUGAGUUCUGGCGAGUUCCGGCUGAUAAAAAGCCCUGGGGAACGUCCUCUUCCAUACCCUCCAACAUUUCUCCAAUAAAAUUAGGGAUGUCCUAAAGAAAAAUGGGACAUUCUGGGAUCUAAUCAGAAACUGGGAUGGCUUCUGUAAAUCUGGGACUGUCAGUGGAAAAUAGGGACACUUGGAGGGUCUGCUCUCUGAGAAUUAUACUUUGGUUUCAAUGCACUGAACCCACCCCACUGCUUGGAAGUUCAACUAUAGCCAACAAAACAAACACCCUGGAAAAAGAAAGCAUUUUCGAUUUGGAUAGGGAAAAGGACCGACCACAUGAAAUGUUUGCAAGAAACAAUCAAGAGAAUUCACCUAAAUAGGGAAGUUCCUCACCAGACCAAAACGCCGGUCUGGUCAAAACAGCAAUCGAUGAGAGUUUUACUGAAUGAACAGAGCUAGCAAUAAAUAACUUUUGUGUGCAGUGUGCAUGCAUUUAGAAAUCAUUGGACACUCAGUAUACUUUUCUUUUUAAUUAGUUUUUAUUAAAAAAAAUUCUUCUGUAACAAAAAAAGUACAUACAGCGUUCAAUUCAUAGAGUCGUUUUCACAGUUUGUUUACAUUUGGUGUGAGACACUGUUGUCACAGGCACUUAGACAAGAGCUUCUGAAGGAAGUGAUGACGCCUCUUCCUGAUGUCUCUUCAUAACUGAUAGGAGCCAUUUGAAAUUUUUGCACAUCUGCAUAAGAUAAUUGCAAGUUUUGAUGUCAGCACUGACUGGUAUCCUUCAGAGACCAUUCUGCCCUCUUUCAAACUGGACCUUACUGAAAACACGCAGAACUGUUUUCUUCUUCCUGGGGGUCCCGGGGUCAGAAAUGGUAUGAAGCAUUUAUUUGUGGGGGAAGGUUACAUUUUCCACCUGAUUUUAAAGGCUAUCCAAGAUUUGCAGACCUCUUUGAAAGUUAACAGCUCAAGCAAGAAAUUGGGAAAGGCAGGGAGAGAAAGAGAGCCAGGGUAUAUUUUUGCUGACUCUGUUUCUUCUUCUGUUACACAUUACUGUCAAACUUCAGAGCACACAACAGUGCUCAAGAGGGGAAGAUCUUUGCUUGAGUGUCCCAGAAGCACACUUCCCUUUUGAAAGGAACGUUUCCUAGGAAGCGUAUUUAUCACGUAUCACUGCAAUGUGAAAAUGAAUAAGGGUGAAGAGGUACAGGGUUGGGUUCUUCACUGACAGCGAAUUAACUCAUACGGUUCUGCUGCAGGUUUUUACCCACAGAACAGAAACUGAGUUCUCCAGGGUUGGGCUACAGCCACAUCAUGUCUUUAAAACCACAUGGGCUAUCUCCAAAGAAUCAUGGGGACUUUUCUUUUCUUUAAGGGUGCUGUAGCUCUUUGACUCCUGCCAACCUAGCAGUUCGAAAGCAUGUCAAAGUGCAAGUAGAUAGAUAGGUACCACUCCAGUGGGAAGGUAAACGGUGUUUCCGUGUGCUGCUCUGGUUCGCCAGAAGCGGCUUAGUCAUGCUGGCCACAUGACCCGGAAGCUGUACACCGGCUCCCUCGGCCAAUAAAGCGAGAUGAGCGCCGCAACCCCAGAGUCGGCCACGACUGGACCUAAUGGCCAGGGAUCCCUUUACCUUUACCUUUAGCUCUUUGACGGAUAGACUGCAGUUCUCAGGAUUCUUUGGGAAAAGCCAUGACUGUUAAAGUGCUAUAAAUGUGCUUUAAAUAUAUUUAGUGAGAGGCCUUUAUAAGUUGCUCCUAGGUUCAUUGGGUUUCCCCAUGUCAGGCUAAGAUCAAGUAGAAACGGGAUGGAAGUCAUGAUAUCUUUCUGUCAUUAGGUGGGCUUUUGUAGAUGAACACAUUCAGUAUGUUUGGGCUUCUUAGGAUAUUUUUACUAUGUAUAUGUACACGCUAUCCCAAUCUCCUCAAGCAGCCUGUAAUCCCAGGGGUUCUGGGCAUUCUCCCAGGGUUAUGCUUCUGUGGGGAAGAUUGAAGCAAAAUGGAGCCUAGUUUAAGAAACAUGGUUUAGUAACACACAUUUACACCAGGAAGUCUGCAAUGGAGGGCGUGCAGAACGUUAUACCCCAAGAGUCCGUCUCGUUGCCCCUCUCAUAGCUUCAGCAAGCUUGGUUCUAAAGCAGCAGUCAGGCAUGGCUCCCCAUCUCUUGGUUGUAGCCUCCCCAGCCAGCAGCCAGAUGGUCCUGACUUCCAGUCCCUGCGUGGAGUUCUGACCUGCACAGCAGCUCAUGCAAGUCUGACCUUUGUUCUCCUUCCUCUUCCCAGCACACCUCUCCCCUCAAACCCAACCCUCCUGUAAAAUGGCGCUUUUUCCUGUCACGGCCCAACCCUCCCUGUCAGUUGGCAACCCCUGUUUUUCACAGUCCUGAGACCCUUCCUUUGAUGGGCUAAUGGCUUUGCUCUUAAGUAGCCCAGCUAGGCUGGUUUGCCAGGGAUUCCUUGUCCAGCACAGUUCUACACUUUCCCUUCCUAUCCCCAGAUAUUAGCUAGAUUCUGAGAUUCCUUAAUUUAUUGGGGUCUCUCCCGCCCAAACGAAACCUAUAACAAUAUUGUACGUUGCUGUAAUUCCUUCAGGAUUAUUAUUAAUAUUUUCUGUGGGAAGCAAUUUUCAAAUUGAAUGAGUUGAACCGAAUUGAGGGAAGAAGACAAAAGGUAACAUGUUUAGAGAAGUGGAGCCACUUUCGGAAUGGCCCUCUAAAAAUGAAGUAUAAAGUCUCUUUUCCUCUCCAGGAUUGACCUCUGGGGGGGAAGCAGUCCUGAAAUUUUGAAAGAGAACCUAGCUAUACAUUGUGAUGAUAGUUGACAAAUUUGCACUUUUUUAUAUAUAAAAAAAUGUUUUCUUAAUAAGGAGAUACGUACAUAGAUAAACAAAUGAACGGUCAGGCAGUUCAUGAUUUUUUUAAAAGGCGGACAUCAUAUGGGGAAGGGAAAAGAUGGGCACAUGAGCCAAUGUUGUGCACUUCUGCCAUUUAGCAGUAGACUUGUGAGGAAACAAGACAUAUCCCACAGCAGCUGCAGAGCAGGAGGUAGGAAGUCUGGAUCCAAGGAAGUCCUUGGAGUCUGGAUCUGCUGCCCUUCCCACCUGCUACCCGAGGUGACUGCCUUACCCAGCUUAAUGGGUGAGACGGCCCUGGAGCUAGGGAAAACACACAUUGACAACAUCGCACAAAGGGAUGAGGAGGCAUGUGAACUUGAACAGAGAUUAUUUAACAACAGCAUUCAAACUGAAAUAUUUGCAACAUACUGGUUGUUUGGCAAGAACUCACAAGUGUUGCCCUGAGUUUCUUCCUUUGGAUUUGAAUUAGCAGGGCCUUUACUGUGGCGGCACCUACUAAUUGGAACAUUCUUCAUCCAAUAAUACUAUUUUUGGUACAUGCAGACUGCUUUUCUGAUUACAGGGGGUUUUGUUGGUCAAGCGCACUGCUAAUUCUGAAUGUGUCAAAUUAUUAAAGUGUGGAAAUGUGGUGUAUUUUUAUUUUUCUCGUACAUACUUUGGUAUUUCUAAUGUUAGCAGUUUGUAGGUCUUUUUAAAUGUAUAAGAAUAUGCAUCCAUGUUUGGGGGCACCUGUUCUCAUAUGUGACCAAAAUUGGAUCUGUGCCAUUGCCUUUCCUUGUGGGUGUCUGUUCGUUCGACAAUGUUUAUUACUACUAAACUAUUCCGUGGCAAAGGUGCAGUUGUGGACAGAACAUAGACAUGGUUGUGGUCCUCGUUCUGGGGCCCUGCAAUGAGAUACAGAGCUUGAAAAGAGACACAAGUGCUUGAUAAAGCAAUACUGAGGGUGAGGGAGAGAAGGCUUAGAGUUGUAGCUGUAUUUCAGCACCUUCGGAGAAUACAAGAGGUAAAUUACAAGGCCAAUAAGAAGAGAAAUUUUCUCUUGUGUAGACUGAUGUCACACUUAAAAGUUUGCAUUACAGAUGUUGGUCCAAGUACGAACUGAGCAUUCUUAUAGGAGGCCUUGAUCCUGGUUCAUCAGUGGUGGGCCUGAUCCUGGAAAUACAGGCGUCCCUCCACUUACACAGGAGUUAUGUUCUGGGUUAUGUCACAUUCAUAAGUGAAAUUGUGAAAAUUGGAGAGCAUCCUCCGAACACUCUUUAAAUGCCCUCUCUGUCAUGCUCUCUUCAAUCCAGACCAAAAAUACUAUAUCCUAAAUAUCCACAACCAGAAUUGAAGCUUUUGGGCUAGCAGAAGGCUGAACGAUGUGCAGGAACGUGGCUGCAGCUACAACACUACCCUGCACAUCAGCUGUUAGGCAGGGAGGCUGAGCAGUGUAAACAAAGCCCCACUGCGGCUCCAGUCUCUUUGGGGCUUCCUCCACCCUCAUUGAGGUCCUCUCCGGUCUCCAGGGAGGCUCUCCUCUCAAGUUACAAGGACUUUCCAGGUCUGUCCUACCAUUUCCAGGUUUGAAUUUGAAUUCUUUGUUUAUUCUCAGCACCGCGCAUGUACAUGGUCAUGCGCAAGUCGAUCACACAUUAAGGGGGGGCGCCUGUACAUGAGAAAAAUGUCUCUGAACCUCAGGGGCGGAGCUUAGUGAAGGGUUCCAUCUCAUGCUUCCAUCCUGGUUUACCACUUUUGUGUCCCUGGGGACCAGAGGAGAUGAGGGGUGAGGAGCACAUGGGAAUAUGGCAAGGAGUCACAUGUCUGAGUUCCUGGAAUUAACUGGGUCCCUUGGUGGUGUGUUCUUUAUAGAGGUUGUCCUGGAGUCCCCACUAGAGGGAGCCAGCUCCUGCUAGUCCCCUCCAUGUCCUGGGAACCUGUGUAGGAGAUACCCUUCCCAUCAAGGCCCCAUCAAGUCCAUGCUCUUGGGAGCUGGCAGUGCCCUGAUACUGUGGCCCUGGCCUUCCUGCUUGCAGUUCAAACAAGAGUAUCCUGCAAUGGAGGUGGGUGGAAGCUCAGGCUUCCAAAGGCACUGAGGAACUCAUUAAAGUAGCACAUCUUGUGGGGCCGUUAUAAAGGCAAUGAAGAAUCUGCUAAACGAGAACGUCAGCUUUUUGAAGUAUUGUUGAAGGUACUCUAGGAUUAUUGAUUCUGACAAUAGUCCGUUUUCCACACAAAAUUGGUCAAACACGGAAAAAGCAGGGGCUACAGACGGAGGAAAGUAUGAAGACACAAUACUGUGGUACCUUGGGUUAAGUACUUAAAUCGUUCCGGAGGUCCGUUCUUAACCUGAAACUGUUCUUAACCUGAAGCACCACUUUAGCUAAUGGGGCCUCCUGCUGCCGCCGCACCGCCAGAGCACAAUUUCUGUUCUCAUCCUGAAGCAAAGUUCUUAACCUGAAGCACUAUUUCUGGGUUAGCGGAGUCUGUAACCUGAAGCGUAUGUAACCUGAGGUACCAUUGUACUGUGUUUUGGAAAAGGGAUAUCUCUGUAAGAGAUACCAAAGCACUGAUGUAACAGAGCGUUUGUAAAACUGAGAAUAAGCUUGCAUGCUAUCAGAGAGAAAGCUACCAGUUCCAACUUCCAAAAUUAAUUUCUGGUACGACAUGUUGCAAAAAAAGGCAGAACUGCCAUUGAAAGCAACAGCCACAUUUCCUUCAGUAAUGUGUAGUUCAGCAUAGUUCACGUCUUUACACUUGUGUUCCGCCAUCCUGUGUCAGUGGCAUAUGCAUAGAGGAGCGGGGGCUCUCUUUUAUUCCAUUCUUACUCGGUGUGGUUUCUUAUUGUGUGUGUUACUAUUUUAAAAGGGGGAAAGAAGAAGUUAACGCAAGCAAAACUGUGAAAAGAAUUCAUAUUGGUCAUGUAACUAACUGAAGUAUGAGAGAAAUGAGAGAGGAGGUUUUAAUAAAACCAUAUGGAAGAUUGAUUUAGUCUGGUGAUGAUUUUGGAAGAGCCACCUAUUACCCUGCUGCUGAACAAAAUUCAGGACUUGAAAGUUGUAAGAGUAAGCAACCAAAUGGAAGAAUUCCCAGAGGCGUAGCUAUGGUAGUGUGAAUGGUACAGCAAAAGCAAUAGUCUUGUGGCACCUUGAAGCAGUAACAAAUGUAUUAUAGCAUAAGGUUCUGUGGACUACAGUCCACAUCAUCUACUGAAUGGAGUAUUAUCCUGAUUUACACGGGGAACACAUGUGGGGGGAUGCAGUGGUGGAGGAAGCCGUUCAGGUGCCUGGGGUGGCGUGCCUAGGGGCGGGGCGAGCCGCCCAUAGGGGCUGGGCGCACUACAGGGCCUCCGGAGUCUGCCUGCCUCCUCCCACUCAGCCACCCUACAGCUGGGGGGGAGGAAGCGGGCAGACCGUUUGGACAGCGCAGAGCCUGCGCGCGCCCAAGCCACCGCGUCACUCCCAGGAGAGACGCAUGGCUCGGGCAUGCUGCGGGCCCCGCAGUGAGUGCUGCCCAGCAUUUUGUCACCCCCACAGUGGUGACACCUGGGGCGGCCCGCACCCACCACACACCCCUUCCUCAGCCUUGGGGGGUGGGGUUUGUAAACAGUGAUGUUAGAAGGAAAGGGAAUGCAGAAAAGUAUAAUUAUGUUAUUAACAAUGCCAUUCACAAAAGAGCAAGUUGUUUAUAACACCUUGUCAUUGGUAAGCCAAUUAACACCUGUAGUGUGAUUUAAACAAAAUAAAAAUCCUUUGUCCCAAUUCAACCCACAAGUGAUAAUAUUGAAUCCCUUAACGAAUUGUACCUCGGGUUAAGAACUUAAUUCGUUCCGGAGGUCCGUUCUUAACUUGAAACUGUUCUUAACCUGAGGCACCACUUUAGCUAAUGGGGCCUCCCGCUGACGCCGUGACACCGCCUCACGAUUUCUGUUCUCAUCCUGAAGCAAAGGUACUAUUUCUGGGUUAGUGGAGUCUGUAACCUGAAGUGUCUGUAACCCGAGGUACCACUGUAAUUCAAUUGUUUGCAGGAAUAAUGAGGAGUGUGUGUGUGUGUGUGUGUGUGUGUGUCUGUGUGUGUGUAAUAUAUAUUCCAUUGGGGCAAGCUCUCCAGUUUGGAAUAACAGGGAGGAUAGGAAAUAACCAUCACAAACUCUGUUUCGCUACAUUUUUCCAGAAGAAAUUUAUAGACAAAUUGUUCCUCAUUGAUUCUCCCCUCUGUUUAGCAUCUUUUGACAGUAAUAGCGAUUAUCUGUCCUGGUUGAAUCCUCAGCUGAAAACCUGAAACAAAAUGACCCGGCCUAGCCUGUUUCAACACUGGCAUUUCUAGGGAAGGGGAACAGCUUGUAAAAGAAGUUCCAAGUUCUCUUCCUUUGGCACAAACAUCCUGCCAGAGUAAUGACCCUCCUUAGGAAAUAUGUAGGCUGACUUUGACAAAGGAAAACUGAAGCCUAGGGUAUGGUGGCACCCGGUACAGACAAGAGACAAAAGCAUCAGCAAUGUCAGGCUGCAUAAACAAACCACUACAGGGGACUAACAUUAAAUCAUAAUUGCAUGUUUUAUCAUGUCAGUACUGUCACAAAACAGCUAACUCUGGCUGCGACUACAGUAAUUAAUUUUCUACUGCCAUGUGAAAUAUAUGGAGUUACCCUUAACUAUCAGGCAGAAGCUACAAUCUGCUUGCCACAGUACUAGAUCAGAUUUUUAACAUUACAUGAAUUGAAAGGUACUGUAAUUAACCAGUCUUGGGGUGGUGCUUUGUACAGCAAUUGGUGCUUAAGUACCCCAACAAAAUUAGAUUCUAAAUCCACGUUGCUUUAUUAUUUUUAGCACUUUUAAUUUGUCCAGGGCUUUAUGGUGCUUAUUGCGUUCAGCCUUGCAAAAGCCACAUGGUGCAGACCAACAUUGUUCUUCAUUCAUUUGCACAUGCGUGUCUUCUCUCAUUUUCGCUACACAGCAAUAGAAGAAUAGAAUAGUCUUUUGGAUUUCCCCCUGCAACUUGAUUUUAUAUCGUAAAAAAAAACAGACUCUAGUUGAGAAGGAAAAGCACCUGUGAAAAGACAACUCAAAUACAUAAAGGUGUAUUUAUAAAGGCACUUUUCUGUUGUAGCAUCUGUGAGGCGGGGCAAAUCAUAAGUAUCGGGGUGAUAUAUCCAAGAGCAGAAAAAGAGACUAUACUCCUUUUGUUACAAGUCCAGAAAAACAAUUCUCAAUAAAGACAUCUUUAUCAAGUCAUUUCUUUAUGACGGUUAUGGUUUGUAUUUCCCUUUACAGUUCUACAUCCGUCCUGUCAUACUACGUUGCUGUUUUGUUUUAUUUUUACAAAAUGCUAAUUCAGACAUUUGGACUUUGUAAUAAUGCAUUUGUGCAUUGCCGGCAUUUGUUUAGGGUUGUUUAUCCUUUAUAGUUUUAUAAAUGAGUCUAAGGGGCUCCGUCUUAGUUGUCACUUACUUCCCCCCAAUCUUGCAUUCUGUCUUAUCCUAUCCGACAGUAGAAUUGAGACUACUCUAAUCCCUAGAAGUUUGGAACUAAUGAACUAACUGCUGAGCUGCUGCCACGGAGCUUGGUCCCAAGCUAUACUGUACUUCACACUCGAUUUAUUCUCCAGAUGGCGAGUCUCUGCUGCCCCGCUGCGAGGGACCACCUCUUCCACUGGAGUGUAAAAGUGGACGGAUGUUGUUUUCUUUGCAGAUUUGAUAAUUCAGAGCUGGUAACUUGUGAAGAUGAUUAGUUAUUAACUUUAAUGGAUGCCAGUUGAACCAACUGCACGCAUAUUCUCUUUUUUAAUUUCAGUGUCUGUUCGUUGUAGCGAUGCUUGAUUUAUCAGCAGUGCCGAUGUGGCCAAAAUCACAGCGUUCCCCCCCCCCCCCCAUUUAGUAACAGACCUCACAGGGCACCCAAGCUUCUCAUCAAUUCAGAGUUAGAUAUUAAAAUGAGGGAAUUAAUAUGAUUAUUGGUAUAAAUUUGCAUUUUAAGGAUUCCCUCCAACAGAUUAUAAGUAAACAUUGUGUUGAUGAAUGUGCAUACUUCACAUUUUCUUUGCCAUCAAUCUCCACAUUUAUAGAGUAUGGAACCGGGGUGAUGAUUUUCGUAGGCGCAUCCCAAUUAAUUAAACUUGCAGUCAUCUGACCUGCUGGAUGAAGUACUUUGGUUAUGUAGCUGUUUGGAGAAUUUACAGUUCUUCUAACUAUAAAAUAUAUUUUAACUGUCCUGGUAAGGGUUCUUAAUUAACUAUAGAAUGGGAGGCAGGCAACAUUUUUCAGAGUAAGCUCUGAGUAUAAAGCUCUGGUUUCAUUGAUUCUGGUUUAAACCUGAAACUUGUGUGUGGAUAUGAUAAUGCUAAUAGUGUCUUAUUGCAGUAAGCUCUCUGCCUGUACAACAUGCUUUUCUCUAUUUGGCCGGUUUUGUAUGCAAGCAAGCCACUGGCAAAAUCAGAAUCUCCUGGGUAACUUUAGCAAAAGCUGAAGCUCUCAUUUAGCAAUUCCUUCGUUGCCUUUGUAAUAAUGGUCCUACAAGAUGCGCUACUAUAAUUUCCUGUUACUUCUUCAGUGUUUUAAAGGGGAAAGAUCAUUGUUCUUUUGUAUACAUGGAUUCAUUUAAGUAUAGGCAAAUUUUAAAUUGCUCCAUUGCGUAGCACUUAGUCUUAAGUUUAAUAGAAUGGUCUUAAAUAGUGUGGUAAGGCCUCUUUGCUGAAGCUAAGCAGAUCUGGGUCUGGACUGCUCAGUGCCCGGAUGGAAGACCAUAAGCUCCAUGUUGACUGUGAUGGGUUUCAUCAGGGAAUAAGAGAGGGAUAGAAAUGGAAUACAGUAAAUAAAAUACAAUGGUACCUCGGGUUAAGUUCUUAAUUCGUUCCGGAGGUCCAUACUUAACCUGAAACUGUUUUUAACCUGAAGCACUACUUUAGCUAAUGUGGCCUCCUCCUGCUGCUGCGCCGCCGGAGCACGAUUUCUGUUCUCAUCCUGAAGCAAAGUUCUUAACCUGAAGCACUAUUUCUGGGUUAGCGGAGUCUGUAACCUGAAGCAUAUGUAACCUGAAGUGUAUGUAACCUGAGGUACCACUGUAAGUGGAAAAUAAAUAACACACAAGUUGACACAAAAGCAUGCCAACUGUAAAAAUUAGAGGAAAAAAUUUUUUUUUAUUCGUUUACAUCUGUGUCUCACCCUUUGUGCAAAGAACUCAGGGUUAUUUUCUUGCUGCGCUGAGAAGCUUGUUCUUCCAGUUGCAUGCUUGUGAGCAAACUCAAAAAGCCUUUGUGUUAAGAACUUCUCUCAGUUUUCUAGCAGUUCAUUCCUGGCGUCCUAAUCCUAAACACAUUUACUGGGAAAUAAGCCCCACUGACUUUGCUUUGUAAAUGUGCUCAGAAUCAAGGCCUACAUAUUUAGGAUCCAACCCAAUGCAAAACACUGCAGCUGCUCAAAUCAUCAUCAGAGUUACAAUGCAUACUGCAAAGCAGCUGUCCCCAGCAGUGGACUGGGUGAGGAGGAGCUGGGAAGUGGUGGGAGAAGAAGCAACACGUGUAUAAGGCAGCUACAAGUGUCUUCUAAGCCAGAGUAUCAAUAGGCCUUAGAUCAGUGGUUCUCAAAGAGCGUGGCAAGACACACUGGUAUAGCAGCAAAAGAUGGCAAAUGCAGAAUCUGCAAGCAUCCCUAUUUCCCAGGGACAGUCCCGAAUUAACAGAAACAGUCCCAGUUUCUGAUUUGAUCCCAGAAUGUUCCACUUUUCCUCAGGGUGUCCUAUUUUCAUUGGAGAAAUGUUGGAGGGUAUGGAGUUAUGUGACCCCCAAGCCAAGGAGAUAAGUAACUAUACAACCUUUAGACCUUCCCUGCAUAGGGAAGUUUUCUAAUGUUGUUUCUUCUUCUUCUUCUUCUUCCUCUUCUUCUUCUUCUUCUUCUUUUUAUGUUUUUAUAUAUAUUGGAAGCUGCCCACAGUGGCUGCAACAACCCAGUCACAUGGGUGGGAUAUUAAUAUUAAUAAUAAUAAUAAUAAUAAUAAUAAUAAUAAUAAUUUUAUUAUUAUUGACAUCCCUAUUUUCACCGAAGACAUGUUGGAGGGUAUGCAAGUGUGGAAGAAAGCUUGAAGGAUAAGCUAAGAAGCAUUUAAACAUUUCAGUGUAGUAGAGUAAUAGUCUAGUCUAGUCUUUUAUUUUUAAGAAAUUAUAUAGAACCAGAAACAGUAUCCAUGCCUCUCUUCAAGAGCAUUGGCUAUUCUUCUACAGUUCUUCAUGACAUAUUGUCUCAGAUUAAACCUAAUGUAAAUGAGAUUACCUGACAAAUGCAAGCUCACACCUCUUAUUCAGCUUGUAUGCAUACCAAAGGUACAUAUGUAAGAGGCUCACUUAUUAAUGUUAUUAUGUAGCUGCAUGGCUUUAUACUUUCUUGAUAUCCCAUGAUCAUAUAUUAUAAAGUAGUUGUGGUCUAUGUUAUUUAUCAAGCACUGCUAGGAGCUGUUUAUUUUUGUUUUCCAGUGCAUCCUUUUUAACUUAUUUAUUGAUACUUAUUCACAGCUAUACAAACCCAUUACAAAAUACAUUUUAUAUAAUAUACAGUGGUACCUCUGGUUGCGGACGGGAUCUGUUCCAGAGCUCCGGUCUGAUCCCAAGAUUUUCACAACUGGAGGUGCCUGUUCUGCACAUGCGCGUGGCACAGUAGAGCGCUUCUGCGCAUGUGCGCACGGCAAAACCCGGAAAAAUACUUCCGGGUUUGCCAUGUGCGUAUCCCGAAGGAUACAUAACCAGAGGUGCGCGUAAGUUGAGGUUUCACUGUACUAAGAUAAAAUAGCUACUUAGCCUAAAAAAGAACAAAGUCAGAAAGAAGAUACAGCAAGAAAAGGAGAGGGAAGAAGGAGAAAGUGAUGAAAAUUUGAAAAGAGUAAAAAAAGUAAAAGGACUUCCAUCUCUCUGUUCUGCAGUGGCAUGUAAUAUUCAUCCGUUAAAAUCCAACCACUCUAUGUUCACUCUUCAAUCUUCAAAUCCUAAUAUUGCCUGUUCAUUUUCUCUCUCACACAAACGUCCAUGAUAAAUUUCCAAUCCUUGACAAAUGUCAGUAAUGUUUUUUCUCUAAUUAAACAUGUGAACUUUGCCAUCUCAGCCAGAUCCAAUAAUUUUAUCAGCCAUUCUUCUAUAGCAGGUAGGGCUGUAUCUUUCCAUUUUUGUGCAUGUAGCAGUGUCGGCACUGUAGACAUGUACUGGAGUAAUCUUCCAUAGCCAGUGUGGUAUACAGUGAUGCCUCGCAAGACGAAAUUAAUUCGUUCCGCGAGUUUUGUCGUCUUGAGAUUUUUUUUGUCUUGCGAAGCACGGUGUCGGGAAAGUUUUGGAAAAGCUUCAAAAAUCACCAAAGUCUUUAAAAACCUCAAAAAAGGCUACCACACCGCUCCUCGAAGUCAAGUCGCAACUGUAUUAAUGGUGUUAAGAAAAAGGAAACAAACUUGCAAGACGUUUCCGUCUUGCGAAGCAAGCCCAUAGGGAAAAUCGUCUUGCGAAGCAGCUCAGAAAACAAAAAACCCUUUCGUCUAGCGAGUUUUUUGUCUUGCGAGGCAUUCGUCUUGCGAGGUACCACUGUAGCGGUUAAGAGCGGUAGACUCAUAAUCUGGGGAACCGGGUUCGUGUCCCCGCUCCUCCACAUGCAGCUGCUGGGUGACCUUGGGCCAGUCACACUUCUUUGAAGUCUCUCAGCCCCACUCACCUCACAGAGUGUUUGUUGUGGGGGAGGAAGGGAAAGGAGAUUGUUAGCUGCUUUGAGACUCCUUAGGGUAGUGAUAAAGCGGGAUAUCAAAUCCAAAUUCCUCCUCCUCCUCUUCUUCUUCUUUUCUAACUGUAUGUCCAAUAACCCUAGCUUCAGUUGAAUACAGUGGUACCUUGGUGGUCGAAUGCUUUAGUUGUCAAACAAAUCGGCUCCCAAAUGUCGGAAACCCAGAAGUGAGUGUUCUGGUUUGCAAACGUUUUUUGGAAGCCAAAUGUCUGACACGGCUUCUGCAGCUUCCGAUUGGCUGCAGGAAGCUCCUGCAGCCAAUCGGAAGCCAUACCUUGGUUUUUGAACCGUUUUGGGAGUCGAAUGGAGUCCCAGAACGGAUUAAAUUCAAGAACCAAGGUACAGCUGUAUUAACCUUUAAAAUCUGCUGUAUCAAUUAGGUAUUUGUAUCCAAUAUUUUUUAGCCUUUUUUACAUGUCGACCAGGCAUGAUAAAAAGUCCCUUCAUGUUCUUGGCAUUUACAGCAAACACUUCCAGCAAAUUCCUGAAUAGUUUCUCAGGACUUAAAGGCCGAUACAUCACUUUACAAAAAUUAUCUUUAAGAUUGUAACACAAUUUAAUUUUUAGCCCCUUACUCCACAUAUGUUCCCACUGUUCUAUCUGUAUUGUAUAACAAAUAAAAUUGCCCAUUUAAUCAUGCAUUGUUUAACCAUUCCUUCUUCCAUUUCAAUUUUCCCACAAGAUUUAUACAUUUUUGCAAAAUGUAUGAAAAAUUGGUGUGGCGUGCGCAAAUCUUUAUUCUGAAAGUGUGGCCUAGAGAAAAAAGCUUGAGAAUCCCUGCCUUAGACUAUAUUCUGCAUUUCCCCCUGACUGGAAAAAUAAACUGUAGCUAUACAGUACAGGCAUUGGAAUAUUUUCCUCUGGUGUCUUUGAGGGGGUUGGGAAAGAUGCAGUCCUCACUAUUAGCAUUCUAUGAAGGAUGCUUCAGUUAUACUCCCUACAGUGACAGAUGCUGAAGACCACUCUACUCUAAGCAAUGUUCUGACAAUGAAGCAGUUGAUGAGCACAUUUUCUUAUCCAGAUUAGUGAACGUAGUGCCCUCCAGACCGUAACUCCCAUCAUCCCUGACCAUCAGGUUUGAUAGGAAUUGAAGGCAUCAGGUUGGCUACUCCUGUUCUCUUUUUAGCUGAGAGUUUCAAAUAUCUUUAUAUUAAAGGGUGCAUCCAUAGUGAGUGUUUAGUAUGGAAUUUAUUCUUACUACAGUGGUACCUCGGGUUACAGACACUUCAGGUUACAGACUCUGCUAACCCAGAAAUAGUACCUCGGGUUAAGAACUUUGCUUCAGGAUGAGAACAGAAAUUGUGCUCCGGCGGCAUGGCAGCAGCAGGAGGCCCCAUUAGCUAAAGUGGUGCUUCAGGUUAAGAACAGUUUCAGGUUAAGUACGGACCUCCGGAAUGAAUUAAGUACUUAACCGAGGUACCACUGUACUGCUACUAAUACUAUUACUGUUAUUCAUUUUUGAGCCUCUAAGUGGCUUGCAAAAUUUUAAAAGCAUAAGCAAUAAACAUAACAUAAAAUCAGGAAAAAAAUACAUUGCAACAAAAACUAUACAGUGGUACCUCGGGUUACAGACACUUCAGGUUACAUAUGCUUCAGGUUCCAGACUCCGCUAACCCAGAAAUAGUACCUCGGGUUAAGAACUUUGCUUCAGGAUGAGAACAGAAAUCGUGCUGCGGCGGCAGUGGGAGGCCCCAUUAGCUAAAGUGGUGCUUCAGGUUAAGAACAGUUUCAGGUUAAGAACAGAACUCCAGAACGAAUUAAGUUAUUAACCCGAGGUACCACUGUACAAUAAUUCAGAAAAUAUACCCAAUAAAACAGUAGCAUAAACUUUGGCAGCAGAAUUGUGUCAUCAAUAAAUGCAGAAUCAUCACUCUUUCAUUAACUCUCUUUUUAUACAAGACACCUGCGUGUGUCUUGCGUUUUCCACGUGGUUCUUCCAACUUUUUUCAGAAUGCCGAAACUCUCAUCUUUUUUACGAAUGGAAGAGCAGCACAAUGUCUGCAGGUAUAGAUGCCUCUUGCACUGAUCUGCCAUCUUUUUUUAAAGAGCAAUUUGAUGCAGGAAAGUGACCUGCCAAGAAAAUGACCCUAUUAAAACACAGCACCCUGUUCCAGAGGGUUUCUCAUUAUGAACUUGUUCAUUACAGUAUCUUUUAAUCAAUUGUUUAAAUAGCACUAAAAUGGCCGAGAGAGAGAGAGAGAGAGGUAUAGCUAUUACACCAUAAAUCUAUAGGGGAAAAUUCAGUGUGGCAAUUGUUCCAUCAGCAUAAGUUUUUCAGCUUGUCAUUCAAACAAUUCUCCUAUUAGUCAUAUUCUCCCCCUGCAUGCUGUUCUGGGGGGCUCCACAACCCCUCCAAACCAUUUUUUGCGGUUAUGCAGGAAAAGGUGAAGAAAAACCCUGUUACGUUGGCUGCUGCUGCUGCUGAUUUUCUUCUCCUAUAUUUUUUGAUGACGAUGCUAUUAUGAGAAUGUCUUUUAUUAUGCAUUUCUCGUUAUUGUAAUUGUACUUAUAUAACUGUUUUGAUUUUGAUACUGUAUAGAUAUUCUGUUACAUAUUGACAUUUGUGUUCCGUUUUGUAAUCCACUCUGCGGCCUUUUGACAACUGGCAGCAUAUACAUUUAAUUAAUAAUAAUAAUAAUUCAAUCUCACCCAUGGUGUUAUAUUUUUGAAAUGAUUUAUACAAAAAAAAUUGUUAACUACCUUUAACUAUAUUGCUAAGAUGGCAGAACCAGGCAGAGGGCCUUUUCAGUAGUAGCACCCGCCCUGUGGAAUGCCCUCCCAUCUGAUGUCAAGGAAAUAUAUAACUACCUGACUUUCAGAAAACAUAUGAAGGCAGCCCUGUUUAUGAAAGUUUUUAAUGUUUGAUGUUUUAUCAUGUUUUUAAUAUUGUAUUGGGAGCUGCCCAGAGUGGCUGGGGAAACCUAGCCAGAUGGGCGGGGUAUUAAUAUUAUUAUUAAUAAUAAUAAUGGCAGUGAUCAGAAACUUUCCCUAAUUCUUGUUGUUGUUUUAUCGCAUGCUUAUGACUGGGAAACCCAGCCAAAUGGGCGGCAUAGAAAUAAAUUACUAUUACUAUUAGGCACUGUAACACCAUAAUACAAAAAAAAUAGUAUUGUCGUGUUAUAGUGCUAUACCUCUUUUUCACUUAAAUAGAAAGAAACAGCAGAGAUAAUUUCAAAAAUUUUAGCAGGACCAUGAAAAGAUGUUCACCACAUUGGUAAAUCAGGCAAAGAGCUUCAAAUCACCCUCGUCCACAGCAGCUAAACCUCAACACUUAGAAUGUACACGUUGGGCAGGGGGGAUUCAAAACUCCUGAUGGUGUGGAAAGUCAGUUCCAAUUCAGGUUUACAAUGGAAGACCAAUGACCAAGUAGUUUUUGGAGCCAUGACACAUGGAAGGAUCUCGCCUCAAGCCUCCCCCUAUGGAAUUUCUCAAGUUCAUUUCAUAUGAGUCGCUCCAUACAGAGUGAUCUAUAGGGGGAGAUAACAAAAAGGAAUGUAGGCUGAACAUACCUGGAGCUUUUGAAAUCCUCAAACUUGUGAAGCGGUGUAAUCUUAUGGUUAGAGCUUAAAAACAUUUUGUAAAUCACAUAAAGUUGCAUCUGAUAAAGUGAUAGUGGGACUUGUUGCUAAGGAAUAAUAAUUUUCUUUAAAUGGACAGAGCUAAAAUAUAAUGUUUCUAUGAAAAUCUAUUAUCCACCCAACAGAUGGCAAGAGCGUAUAAUCUCUCACAGUAACACAUUUUUCUUCUGAAAUAUGGAGUAGGAGAGUAACUUGAUUGCUGGCUGGUUAUUUUGAGGUAUGUAGCAGAGGAUGUACAUAUUUGGUUUAUGAAAAUUACUCACAACAGCAGACUGAGGCCGUAGUUCUUACUAAGGCAGUAAACCUGGGUCUGAGCUGUAUUCUUCUGACUGCUGGUGGGGGCCCAAAAUAAUUGAUCAUCAAAUGUUUCCCGAUAUAAAACUAUUCUUUCUGCGUAGCAGAUUGGUAGGGCUGCAGCGUUUAGUUGUUAAAUUGUUUCCAUUAAACUUUGAAUUGCCCUCAAUUAAUUGGGCAACAUGCUUUUUAAUUAAAAUUAAAAAUAUUUUAAAUAGAUUGGAUCCAAAGUGGAAAGAUGACUAGGUCCAGCUCUACCAUUAGACAGAGUGAGGCGAAUGCCUCAGGCGGCAGCCCUCUCAUUGUUCCUUUUAAGCCCUCUUGCCGCUCUCCUCAGUCUGAGAACAGAGUUGUGCAGGCCUCAUGGCCUAGCCUACUCCCACUUUUGACUCAAGCAGCAAAAUGUCUUGCUUUCCCCCUGCACGUCUCCAAAAAAAGCCGUUCCAGAGGACCAGGACACUCCUAAAGAGUGUGGGCUAUGUCCCAGGGGACUGCAGUGGCAGAAACGAAUUGUCCCAGACUUGGCAGAGGUACCACUAGCAAGACUGUAAAAAUCCACCUGUAAAAAUAUAAUUUGGAGGCUCAGCGCCACUUGUGAUCAAACCACAUUGGCUUCUUGUUUCGUUUUGCUUUUUUAGCAAAGUAAAAUAGGGCAUGUUUUAUCCUUCGGAGCAUACUUUGUCUCAGGAGGAGGAUAUGUGGCUAAUCUUAUGCCAAAUAAGAUGUCACGUAAUGUUCGGUGCAAAUGAGAAGCAAUCUCACAAUAAGAUUUUUUGGAGGGAGGGUUAUUUGAGUGUUAAAUCACAAUGUGCUGCUUUUUCUUAUUGGAAGAAACCCUGCUGCUGGGUUUUUUAAAGCAAAGGGAGCCAUCUCCCAGCCAUAGUAUGUCGUAAUGAGCUGCACUCCUAAUUCUAUGUACAAGCACUACCGUUCUCUAUCCAUCUGAUAGGCACAUAUUAAAGCCAGUGUUUGGGGAUAUAGGGGUGGUAGCUCCAAGCUGAUGAUUGCUUUGAGUGUCAUUAACUUUCUCCCUCUGUCACACUAACCGGGUGAGGGGCCAUUGGUUUCUUCUGUCUAAACUUAUCCUAAUUAUUAGUCUCGUAAAUCAGUGCACCAUACAGCUGUCUUAAACUGGUCUUGGAGACCUUAUCCUGAUCGGUCCUGACAACUGUAAGCUACUGUUUCCUCACACUGUUUAACUCGGACCACAUUUUGCAGCCUCUUCUGCCUCUACUCCCAAGGUCGGAUUGGUAUCCGUCUGGUUUAAAUCUAAUGUUUUGUGUUGUCUCGCUGACUGGCUUUGCUCUGGAUACUAACUUUGAUGAUUUCCUUCCCUCCUCCCUUUCGUUUGCCUGUUUCCUUGAUAAGUAUUUUGGGGAGCAAAUGGCUGCAUAUUGUUAACACCAUUAUCCAUUCUCUCCCCCCCACCCCCUUUCUUUAAAACAUUCAUCAGUCAGAAGCUUUAAAGUUUUAUUAGUACUAUAAAAAACUCUUCACAAAUGAAAUUGCUUUUGAUAAGUGUUCAUUUUGACAAUGAGAAUUUGCUAAGGGCUGUUGCCAAGUUGAAGGAAUUUGUGUUUUGAAACUGAAAUUGGCAGGAAGUCGAGAGUCCAGGCACUUUCUUGCUUUCAGUCUGUCUGAAUUUCUGUCUCUGGCCCAAUAAAAAUGUUUUAUUUCAGCAACUGCUCAAUUAUUCAGAAGGAAAACAUUGUUCAGAUGCGCUUACUUUUUCUUCAACGUUUUCUUGUGUGUGUGUCAGUUUGAGCAUAUAUGUUUGGAUUUGUUUGUUUCAAAUUGCUUCAGUAAAAGCAGAAUGCAUGUGUGCCCUUUGUGGGAGAUUUUUUACUCCUGCAAUUAUCCUGUUCUUCCUUCAAUGUUUCUGCUAUAAGUUAAUGGAAAGAUGGAGAGAAGUCCAUGUAUGGGCAGGUUAGGAGAGUGUAUACAACAAAAUGCAUAAAUAAAUACAAAUAGUGAUAUUGCUAGUAUUGACAAGAAAGUAUACUGGAGGAAAUAUUCUCUUAAUGUUGACAUUUAAGUUUUCCCUUUUGGACACAACUCAGACCACAAUCCUGUGCAUGCUUACCUGGAAGUAAGUCCCAUUGAACUAAAUAGGACCACUUGCGAGAAGAAAUACAGAGGAUUGUGCUGUUAGCAGAGUAUAUAUUAGAUUCUUUCCAGUCAUGUAAUUGUAUAUCUUUCCCCACAAAAUUAGUAAUGAUAGAAGUGGAAUAUUAAAGACAUUGGGUCCAUUAAAAUCAUAACACGCUGAAUCAGUUUAAUGGCUUUUCAUUAUUAUUUAAAAGAUGCUCAAGAUUCAGAAAACUGCAAUAAAUGUACAGUAGAAUGUGAAAUUAAGAGUUCUUUUUACUUUUUAUCCCCUCUCAACUCUAGGCAGAAGCAAGAACGACUAGUGUGAAAGCACUUGAAGAAUUUGAGUUUGGUCGGACUGAGAAGUGUGUUAGGAUCAAUUCGGUAUCCAGUGGUCUUGCUGAAGAAGAUAUAAAGGUCAUUUUGCAAUCCAAGGUUCUCCCUACAAGCCUGAUGCUUCCAAAAACUGAAAGUGUCGAAGAAAUAAGAUGGGUGAGUAAAUUGGGAUUCGUCACUAUCUCAGCAUUAGAUUAAGAUCUUUGCUACUUUGUUUAGAAAGAGGAGACUUUGGGACUUGUGGAUUUAGCUCAUGAGGUAAGUAAGAAAUAUCUCUAGUCACAGUACUAGUUGAAUUCAUCCUUACCAUCAUCUGCUUAUUAGUAAACAUUAAUUAAUUAAUUAAUUAAUCAAUCAAUCAAUCAAUCAAAUCACUCCUAGAAGCAAUUAAUCAAUUAAUCCUAGAAGCCUCUUGCAUAUAUUAAGCAAAUUUGGCCCAUAUUUCAAAGAUCAACCAUUUCAGGAUAAGAGGUGUAGAUUGAAAUUACAUGCAGAACGUGUGUGAAACGUUUUAAUUUUUAAGUAGAAUUAACUGGCUAGCAUACUGCUUUAAUAAGCUGUGCUGCCAUUAAGGCAAAGUAAAAAUGUUUUAAAAUCAGACCAGUUUUUUUCAUUGUAGUAAAACCUCACUGACUGUCAUGUAAACGUAUAGCGUACAUGCCCUGGAAGUUGGAAACCAUAAGUAGAUGGAGGAAACAUUUUAGCAACAUAUGAAAAAAUUAUGGUGGAGACGAAAAGUAAAGGUCACUCCUUAGGGCAACCAGAAGAACAAACAGGAAGCUUUUAACUAGUGUUUUUAAUUAGCACAGAUAUUAUUUCCUGUCCAGUUCUCUAUUUCUUCCUUUUUAAUUGCUGACAGGUGUGCUUGCGUUUCAUGACUGACUUUUCAGCCUAUAAAAACCUGAAAUGUAAAUGGUUGGCAUGUCACAUUACUUAAGAAAACUUUGAAAUGGGCCUAAUUAUGCUAUAAUUGUUCAAAUUGUUAAGGAGGGAUAAGUUUUAUUUAGUGAUACCAUUAUUUCUGAAAAAUACCACUAAAGUCGUAAGGCUUAUUUAUCCUGUUUUCAUAGUUUGGGAAACACUGAGUGGAGGGCGAGGGAGAGAUCCAUAGAAGGACUAUAAAGAAAAACAAAACUAGACAAAUCUGGUAGUUUCUAUCCUAACUAGUUCCACAUCUAACCCUAAACUUAUCUUUUUAGCCUUUAAGGUGCCAUAAGGCUCUUGGCUGUUUUUGCAUACCCAAGACGUUAUGGGUAACAUUGAACUACCAUCAACGGCUUUUAAAUUCAUUACAUGUUCGUGGGGGACAGGAAACGCAACCUUUUUCAGAGGCUGGGAAAAUUGAAGUCUAAAACAUCCAAAAAGAAUAGUUCUGUUUUCAGUAACGUUGUCUCCAGAGUGGAACGAUCUUUUACUAAGGAAGAUCCACAAGGCCUCUUUGUUGAUUUUGUAUAGCGGACUAACACUUCUGGAGUUUGGUGGUUAUGAAUAUUCAUCUUGCCAUUCCAGCGAAGGCCUUUGGUGUUACCCAAUAUGUUUUACCUUGAUGUGAGACUUCAGGCUUUCUUUCUAAUUCAUGCUAAGAGGAACAUGUUCCUCCACGUUUCCUCAUCUCUGAUUUUUUAAAUUUCCAACCGUUUUCCCUUCUGGAAAUAAACCAGCGUCAACCUUUCGACACUUCCCCUACCUCUGUUAAAGUCUUCUGUCUAGGGAGACCGAUCAAGUUCAGUGAUAUUUUUGGCUUUGUUUUAAGUGGCUAGUGAAAUGGAAAGCUACCUCUUUUUUUUGCUGUUUAUUUUUUCCCCUUCAUUUUUAUUUAUGUGAAGCAUAAAACCUGGAGGCUGAUGCACAACUAAAAGAUGGGCUUACUUGUUUUCUUUUGUGUGAGAAUCUCCUGCUUCCCUUUUGUCCCUAGUAUGGGUACUUGUUUGACUGGCAUGGCUUAUUGGACUAUAACAAGCGUAACUCUCGCUCCUUUGUCAUGGGACAAUUCUCCCACAAAUCCUGAACAGUGGGCAUUCUUCCCCACACACUAUCGGGUGUGCACUGGAAUUGAAAGCAUUGCUAAGGCCUGCUACUUCAUCUCCUCCCAGACCUUUGUUUUUCCCCCCUCCCCCUUUUUUCCUCUACCCCAUCUCACUGAAAUGAACACUUUACCAGGCCGGAAACAUUUAAUCGUCUCCUUUUGAAAAAAAUUAAUUGAAACUUCUCAACUAGUUGCCUUUUGUAUUUGGUGCUAAAAAAAACAAUUAAAAAAUUGGAGGAAAUGGAGGAAAAACAUUGCUUGAUUAAAAACUCUCCCUUGCAAGUUGCAAAAUAAAAUGCAUUAAAAAGAAAGAUUUAAAUAAACAAACAAACAGAUGGGUGUGUUUUUUUAAUUUUUCAAUGGUUUAGCACACAAAAGGAUUGCCAACUUAAAAUUAACCAUACCUGCUAAAUUGUUUUGUUUUGUUUUAAUUAUCAAGGCCGGACAAAGGCAUAUGUUGGCUUUGUUUUAUUAUUAUCGUGCUGUGAUUUUGUGCACCUUUCCUUGGGAGUAAGCCCAGCUGAACACAAUGGGGCUUACUGCCACGUAAACAUGGGUAGGACCGGGCUGCAAGUGUCUUCCCCACCCCUCUUGCAAUUCCUUUGCAUUUCACGCCAUACAUUUGAAUGGCAGGCUCUCUCUUAAUUCCUUAUAUAUAUUCUGUUGCACACCAGCCUGUGGAAAGGUUUGACAGGCAACUGUGGCAGCAAUGACGACACCACAGGCACGCACACACAUACACACACACACACACAGUGAGGAUUCACCCUCCAAAAAAACCCCCAGCAUUGCAGCAAGGUAUGAUUUAUUUUGGGCUUAAUGUAAAGUUACUGCAAAUUGGUUGGAAGCUUUUUAAAGAUUUCGGUGAUUAGAUUUCCCUUUCUUUUGGGGAGGGGUGAAGUUGGAGGGGGAGCUAAAAGAGGAAAUAACACCUCUAAUCCAGCUUCUGGUAAAUAGGCUGCCAGCUUUUAAAAUGAGUUUCCUUUCUAUUAGUCAGAAUAUUAUGCUAAGCCUUAAGCAUUAGUUUUUUAUGUUGCCAUAGCAGCCUUAUUCCUGCAGGGUUGUGACCUGCGAUGAUUACAGUACAAAGCUUAUAGGGUCUUGAAACCCCCUUUGAAGAUGAAAAGUCUUUGAUGGUUUAUAUUUAUGCAAAUCUCUUAGAUAUGAUUUACCCAACUGAGACUGAAUGGAGAGAUGAUUAAAAUUCCCUUUUCCUUUGAUAUCCAUUAAUGGUUAAAUAUUCCUUAAAUAUAAAAUUGAUGCAUUUCCCCCCCGUCUUUAUUGACUAAAAUUUCUUUAGCAUACCUGUGAUAUGUUUAUCUCCCAACACAUUACUAGAUCUAGACAGACAUAAUAGAUUUACAAUAUACAGAGGUAGCUUUUCCUCCCCCUCCCUUCUCUUUUGAAAGGGAGAGAGAGAGGGAGAGGAAAAAAAUCUGUACAAGAGCUUUUGUAAUGUUUCCAGAUGAUAGAUUUUGGAAUUUGGGCUACCCCACCGGCAGCUCAGAGCUAGCUGUGAACUGGUCUCAUGGAAAAAAUUGGAGAGCUUUGGUCUUCAAAGAAUUAAACUUCCUUUUUAAAGGCCCUUCCUAGGUAAGCUUAAAAAAAAAAAAUUAUGAAGAAAAGACCUCUGGAACAAAGGGUGACGGUGCCAUAAUGAAUAAUGUGAGUCCCAGUUUGGAAGGCUGGGGAACAUUCACAGCCGUUGUCAGUGUCAGACAUGAAACAAAACAGAAUGUCAGGUAUAUCAAUUCUACUUUGUUUUUAAGAGUCUGCUGAUUUGCAUUUAACUAAGUCAGGGUGAUAGGUGUUAGGCAAAUAUUUUUGCAACUAAAACUUCACACUCCAAAAUAUACAGUAAUGCGGGCAUUCUAAAGAAGACAGGCCUAAAAGAACAGACCUCUUUGAAAGCUUGGCAGAGUUUUCUUUUUUAUUUAUUUCCCUCCCCUCUCAGCACCCCAGGCUUUGUUUUCUCUGUUUAUUUGUAUUUCACUUCAAUGGAAAGUUUAGAUAGUUGUACCAUUUUAUAGGUUUUAUUUUUUUAUAAAAACGAAACUGAUCAUUUCCCUCUGCGGUGCUUAGUUUACAGAGAAAUUUGCACACCAUUUAAAAGGCCGGGUACUUGUAGAACCUAUGAAUUUCCUCCCUUUUGUGGAAACAGCAAUGGGCUUACUCAAUUUUAAGGUAAGAAACAUCAAUAUAAUUUAGCUGGCAUUUCUGCUUAAAGCCAUAUAUCCAUUGAAUAAGUCACAUAACUGGAAAAAGGUGGGUUAAAAUGCCAUAGCAUUUGUUAAUGCAAAAAAUAUUUGCUGAAAUUCCAGUGCCACAUAAUACAGUCGCGUCCUACCUAAUAGUUCUCUUCUGUCCUAUUUUGGCAUUUCUUUUUUAUUUCCUUUAAAUCCAAUAAACGUGUGUGAAAAGAUAUAGCGGCUGUCAAAUUUUUAUUAUUAUUUCAGGAGUCUUAUUCUAAUAUCUUAAAAGUGCCUCUUCUAUGAAGUUCUGAGAACUGAUAACAUUUACAACCACACAAAGAGAGAGCCCUUUGCAGUCAAUAGUAAAAAAAUGUACCUUCUGUUUUCUACAGCCCAAUACUGUAUAUGCACACAAAAAUGGCAUUAAGGAGUGUGGAGUUCUUCUUCAUCUGCCCUCCAAAAAUGUUAUUUCUUGUCUCUUCCCCCAUCUUUUGCAAUGUGAACUUGAUGUUGAUCAAAUACAUGCAAAUGGCCUCCUAUUCUUGGCAUCCAGCCUGUGUGUUUCUGUGGAGGAAAGAUAUUAACAAUGAUGAAAUUGAAACUAGAGUGCGCCACAGCCGUGCCAAGGUGUCCUGGAAAAGUUUUGUGUUAUUAGAAGGAGCUGCUGGGAGGCCCUUGUGGCUACCAUGUUGAUAGGCACCGCAUUUUUAACAGCAUGUUUGAAAGAUAGUUUUCGGCUUAAAUUUAAAGGAUUUCUAAUAAUACAUGUUCAUAUCUAGCCAAGAUUUUACUUACUGGUUUGGGUUUUUUUACUGGUUUUUAUUUUCAAAUUCACACACAAAAAAAAGAAAAAGCGUUAGUAAAGUCAGCACCGAAAAAUACCGGCUAGCAUCCAAUAUCCUGGUGCAACAGGAUUUGUAUGAACCACAGUGUAUAAAAAUAGGUAUAUUUGCAACAGUAAUCAUAAUAAAAUAAACUGUAGCUCUGUGCUUUGGCGGGCAAAUUCUAGCUAGCUAUGAAGCAUUUCAGUUUGCAACAUUAUGUUUUUUUUAAAAAGAACAAUGAUUACACAAAGAUUAAUGCAUUUAGCAAAUCCCAAGGUGUUGCUUUUCAAAUUAUUUUCUUUGCUACUUGUUGCACAUUAUAUAUCCUAGAAUUAUAUUAGUUUCAUUGUGUAGUUUUGCCAUUGGUUAGGAGCCCCACCCUAUGCUGCCCAUUAAAUAGCAAUUAGAAGAUUGCAUCCGCCAUGACAGUCCAUCAGCAAUGUAUUAAACCAAAGAUACUCCAGUCAUUGUUCUAUGCAGGUAUUAUUCAUGGGGUGCAGGAAGGAUUCUUAAGCUAUAUGCAGUGUCCACUUUCGUAAAUAUAACACACUGUUUACGGUUAUCAUUCAAAGGUUGUUGGCACAUGACAAAGCUUUGUCCUAAAUGCAAGGACAAAAAUGUAUAUAUGUAUUCUGUGCUUUAAGAUAUACUGGAUAGAUCUGCAUUCAAAGUAUACUUUUUCUGCAGAUGUGUAAUUUGUUAUUUCUCGCACAUUAUGCAAGAAGAGUCUUGACAGCAGCCCCUGUCCCCAAGGAAUUAAUGUAACUGACGAUUAGUAUCUUUCUGGUAGUGAAAAUGAUUUUAAACAGCCUGCUGCUUGUGUUUAACAUUUUUGUUCCAUUUAAAGGAAGUUUGCGAAGAAACUCUGAGGAAAGGACCCCAAAUUGGCCUUCGUUUGGAUGGAGUCGUCUUUGGAGGCGAGGAUUUCCGUGCCAGCAUAGGUGCUCCCAUUCCCACCGCCCUUUAAAUUAACAAUACAGUAUUAUAAUAACAGAACGGCCACAAUACUAACAACAAUAAAAUAUUCUGCCACAGACCUAUACGUACUGUCUCAUUUAGCCCACUAAAAUCAGCGGGAUUAAAUACAUCUAACUCUUUGCAGGAUUGUGGCCAUUAUUUAAAAAAAUGGAGUCUACUGCUCUGCCUUUACUAAUUUAGCGGGUAUACAUUUAUUUGUGUUGUCUCCUGGUACAUCUUCCUAAUUCGGUUGUCGUUUUUUGAAAUCUAAAACCUAUUACAGCUGUGCUUUUACAGAACCAUAUUCUGCUUAUUGCUCUCCAACUAAAAAAUUAAAUGCAGUGACUGUUGAAAUCAUGAGACUAAUUUAGUAAUUUUGGUGCACAAAGAAGCCUAUUGUUAAUACUGUAGAUAGUUUUAACAAUCUCUUGCAUGCUUGGUUCUGUUUUAGUGCAUGCAUCUUAAUACUUCCUCCAGGAAAGCAACCACACCUCAGUGCCUUUCUGCCUUGUGAUGUCACAAUUUCUCCAAAAACAACGUCAAUGUCAGAAUCUCAUUUCUGUAUUACGUUGCUGUGACAGACAUAUCUGCUAAAUAUGCACCUUCUGAUCUGGUUCAUCUAAUCACAACUUUCUGAGUGCAAUUCACAUAAAAGGAAGCAAUAUUUUAAAUAAUGAGGCAUAACAAAGCCUUCAUUUAUUCCUGAUAAGGUGGCAAUCAAGGUCAAAAACAGUGAUGCUCAAGACAAGAGAACAGAUUAUUAUUUUUUCACACAAGUGUACAUGUGAGAAUAGAUGCAUUAGGAGGUAUCAGAUACUCUGAGUUCAGCAGAUUUUGUGGAUGCUUUUUUUAAAAAAAUCUCAGAAGUCAAUCAUAGUUAACGGAUGUUUCAUCCAAGGAUUUGAGCAUGAACAUUUAUCUUAGGCUAAAAUUUUAACUCAAUGGACUUAUUUCAAAGUAAUGUGUGUAAGAUCAAAAUACUAGACUGAGACAGAAAUCUUUUUUUAAAAACAAAACAAAACCUAAAGCUGUAUUUCUACCACUUAUUUCAGCCCCACUGAAAUAAUUGGGACUACUCUAGAUUAAAUGGUUGGAACGUCUCAGUGGCCAUCAAAUUGGUGCUUUUUGGUACAACACUUAUAGAUAUCAGCAAAUUGCUACAGAUAUGCAAAAGCAAAUUAAAGGUGUUACUAUUAGUAUAGUAACCAAGUGGUUAACAGCUUGGGACCAAUUUAUCUGAAGGAUUGUCUUACCCCUAUAUAUGUCCACUCAACUCCUUCAAUCUGCUGAAUCAGUGCCGUGUAACGUUCGAUCCACAUGCUCAGUGAUGGUUCGCUGUAGCAGCACCCAUCCACUGGAACUCCCUGCCCAUUGAUAUUAGACAAGUGCUUUUGCUGUCUUGUUUUUGAAACUUGCUAAAAGCUUCAUUUAGGCAAGUCUAUAAAUUUGACAUUUAUUUUAAUGUGUAUUUUAUUACGUAUAUUUUUAUACUGCUGAUUACAUCUACACGUUAAGAAUUUCUAGGUCAACUCCUCGGAUUUUCUUAAAUAAAUAUUUUAUGCCCACUUAGAGGCUUUGCUGAUUAAGCUGUAUAGAAAUAAGUGUUCCGUAAAAUAAAUUUAAAAACCUAAUUCAUAUUUCCUAUUAAAGAAAAGCACAAUGGGGGGGGGGGAGUCUUUUGGCAAGAUCCAGAAGGAAGAGCAUCUUCAAAUGCAAUCUCCAACUCAACUCGCUUAUUUGUGGCUCAGUUGGGCUCAACCAUCUUUAGGUUCCCCAAACCAGCUCUGCUGAAGACAUUCCUGUCCUGUGUGACUUGCUCAGCCAGCCAAGCCAAGGAAUUCAGGCUGGAUCCUAAGUCCAUUCAGGUCAGUCAUGUGCCUUGACAAUCCAGCAUAAAAUACUACAGUAUUUUAAUGGUUUAUUUUCCCUCUGCCUGGCUUUGGGAAUGGGAUUUGAAUCUGGUGAAACUUUCUGCUACCUGAAUUUGCACCAGCUUCUUGUGCAUUGGAUUGCUCCCUACCUAGAGCUUAAUGCUCAGGCACCAAGGCUUGAUUUUUAAAAAACGACCAACGUUUCAUUUCAGAAACAGAAAGAAAAGGGUUUUUUUGGCAGAAGCAGCUUUAAUAUUUUGUCUCCAGCAACAAAAUAUCCUUGCAGCUGCUGUACAGAAAUUUGGUGAACAAAGCUCUUCAAUAUUUUCCUGCCUGUCUUUCGGGAAAAGGACGACAAAGGUAACGUUAAGUAAAUUUCUGCUGCGAAUAUUUUUUGAAUACCAGUUUUCUCAACUGUCUGCUAUUUCUUUUCAGGUUCAACAAGUAGUAAAGAAACCCACGAUAUUCUAUAUGCCAGGCAAAAAAUUGUUGUCACAGCAAAGGCUUUUGGCUUGCAGGCCAUUGACCUUGUAUAUAUCGACUUUCAUGAUCAAGAGGGACUCCAUAAGCAGUCAAGAGAGGGUGCCUUAAUGGGUUUUACCGGUAUGGCUUUUACAAAAAUAUAUAUACUCUGUGUGUGUGUGUGUGUGUGUGUGUGUGUGUGUGUGGUUUGCUUGCUUGUUUGUUUGUUUGUUUUAUACUGAAAUAACCAACAAAUGAGAAUCAUAAUAAUUGCUAGCAGGUCCAAAAUACUGAAAUGCAGCAGAGACAACCAGCCCCACCCAACCAAUAUUCAAGAAUAUAUUUAUAGAGAGCUGCAGCAUUCUCACUUCUCCAUUUACGUUCUCAAAUUUAAACUCGCACUAAAAGAUGGGAGGAGGUGUGGUUUAUACAUAUCUCCCCUUAAAGCAUCCUGCUUUCACAAGAGAGCACCCACAGUCAUCCCUUUCCCCCGCCCCCACACUACCCAUAAAGAUUUAAAAACAAGACUCCCUUCACCCUUGCUUUAAAAUGUAUUAUCUCUUCUCCUUAAUCAUCAAACAGACGUGUUCUGCAGCACGGACCCCCUGUUCGUCUCCUUACGCUGACUGGUGGAGGAGCAGAGAAGUCCAAACGCUAUAAAACGUUUUCACAAUUACUUUUGCCUGUAAAACGGCAGGCGGAAAAUUCCAAGUGCAAAACUAGGCCCUUAAAGAGUCUUUCAACAAGUCACACCCAAGUACGUUACUCUUUUUAUGAUUUAGGGAAAGUAAAGUAUAAAUGAAGGCUGCGGUAUAAACACAGAACCCUCCUGCUCUCGCAGGUUAGAGGAAACACAAUAUCGGCUGAAAACCUUGCACACCACUCAGUUUCCAAUUCAUGUAUGCCUGUGAGUGUACAUUUAUGCAAAAAAUAAAAUAAUGCUGCCGUUGCAUUUUGGGAAUCACAUUUUUUAAAAAGCGUUUUUAACAAAUUUGAAUAAAACCUCCUCUAAGUCUAACAUCUGCUAAUCACAGCUGUACAUGCAUUUCAAUAAAUGGUCAAAAAUCCUCAUAGUCCACAUUUUUAUUAUGAAGUGCUGGAGCUUAAAACACACACACACACACACACACAUCACAACAACAACCCGAUAUGCUAAUUAGGCUAUGAUAGUUAUUUUCUUGUCAGUCUUUCCUUUGAGUUGCUUUCCCCAAUUCUGGCUUGCUUCCCAGUAAUUGCCUGUUCACCUGAUGGUACUGGCAAGGCAAUGCGAUCAGCAGGCUCCUUACAGCCAAUCCCUGUAACACAGACAUUUCGCCAAUGAUUGGUGCGCUAGAUCAUGCAGGCGCCCCUAUGAGAUGCGAUACAUAACAAAGAUUGCAGCUUUAUGAUAGGAAUCAGCUACUUGGCUUGCAUACAAAGAUUACAGCGUUCUUUAAAGAACAGCAGUACCAAUGUUUCAGCGAUACCUUUCAAUCAGGAUGGGUAUGUGACACUUUUACAGAUAGGCAGGUCUGUAAGACUGGGGAGCAGGGACCUCUCUGAAGCUCUUAAUCUAGUAAGAAGUGCAUUCUUAAAAUAAAAAGUUCAAAAUCCCUCUUGGUUUCUGGAGAAAAUGCAACUUGAAGAACCAUUUAAAGCACCAACCUAGCUAUCAAUAAUGAACAAGGAGAAGGAGACUUGUGGCAACUUAAUGGUGUUAUCACAUUUCAGCUUCUGUCCCUGAAAGCUUGUGCCAUAAUAAAUAUGUUAAGUUUUUAAAGUGCCACAAGACUCUUCCUUGUUUUUGCCGCCAGAGAGAGCUGCUUGCCAGAAAUAUUAUCAAGAACAACAGGCUAAUACUCUUCCAUUCCAAAUACUACAAGAAUUACUUGGGGUACUUUCCAGACACAACGCAUGCAUCAAAGUGCCUACUGUUUCCUUUACCCAACCAACCAACUUUCAAGGCUUUGUCACCCUCCUGUUUCAAUGGCUGAAAUCCAAAACAGUACACAUGCACAAAAGCUAAUUUGCUCUCAACGGUCUGCAGAUUAGAAUACCACUUGAAGACUCCCUCCAAAAGUUGGAGGCCCUUUGGACCAUACCAACACAGAAAGCUGUCUUCUAUCAGGCCAGAGUGUUGGUUCAUCUAGACCAGUAUGGACUGUGUACUAAGAGGCAACAGCUCUUCUGGGUCUUUGCCAUCACCUAUUUGUUUGUUUUUAACUGGAGAUACCAGGGGUUGAAGCUGGAACCUUCAGGAACUGACUGAGCUAUGGUUCCUUCCCAUGAGACAAGGAAAUGCUACUGAAAGCUUUUUUAAAAUUAUUCAUCAUCUCCUCUUUUGAGCACAGAAAUGCUUUGUAUGUUUGCACAGGCCCCUUUAGAGCCUGAAUACUGAAAAUGUAGUAAUAGGUCACUCGGCCCAUCACCUGCUCUUGAUGAACCAAGUGUAGACAAGCCCAAACUCUUUUAUUCCAGACUAAGUAAAGUGUAUCCUGGUUAUGUUUCUCAAAUUCACUAACAUCACUAUUCCACAUGAUUUGGAGUGAACACAAUAAAUUAUGAUAACUUUCUACUUGUGAAAAUGAAGCAGGCAAUCUGUCUCCAAAGUUCACAGUUUUGGAGGUAUGUAGCUGCCUAUAUAAAAUCAAGAUCACUAGACCCAGGUUAAGUGCAGAAAGUGAAUUUUAGUUAACCUCGUGCUCACACAAUCAAAGCAAUUUAAAAUGUGAUAAAAGGCUGGAUUCCCCUACCCCAGCAGCCUUCCACUUAAUGUUUUGGGGAGCAUAUAAUCCUUUAUGUAAUACAUUUUUAUUCUAGAAUAAUUAAUAUGGCGCAUUGCAAAUUCAGCACCAUUUUGAAGGAUGGUGUUUUUGAAGGAUUUUGAAAGGAACAAAUUCUCCCUUUUCACCUCCCUCAAAUCAUCUUGACUAAAGUGUGUUAAGCCAUAACCAAUCUGCAUAAACGCUCUUGUAAAUGCCCUGUCCCAAAGUCAUAAAUUUAAAUUUUCUACUAUGAACAUAUUGGCAUUUUCAUCUGUUGGAAUUAAAAAUAGCUUAUGUUGCUAAAAGGCAUGAUGAAUACUUUCUGUUGAAGUUACUAGGAUUUCUAUGUGAUAAGCAUUGCUCCACGUAGCAGCUGCUAUCAUGUGAGGAGCUGUUCCAGUGUGGAUUAAAUGCAUUUCACUAUGCCACUGCAAACUUUUCUUUACCCUCAUUUGCCGUGGCAUGGAAAAACUAGCACCAUCUGUGGGGUAAACCGCUUUACACAAAUGGCUCAUCAUAUGAUAACAGCCACCACCUACAGUGAUUUGAAGUGGAGUCCAUGUGGCAGCUGCUCUGAGAGAUCUGCUUAUAGGGCAAGAUAGAUUUUUUUUAUAAUAAAAAAAAUAAACCAGUAAAUAAAUGUUGACAAGCAAGAUAUCUAAAGCAAAAACAGAUGAGUGGUGUUGUUGCUAUUUACUCAGUGAAUCCCCAUUCAUCCCAGUGGCUCCUGUGUAUGAAUUAAGGGCACAGAAGAUCAUUAAAUUGUGCCCUUAGCUGUUAUCUGUGGGAUAUUCGCAGGCAAAUACACAUGGGUCUCGAGAGGAUUAAAUAUAAUUAAUAUAAAAUAUCCUCCUACCAAUCCCUAUCAUUAUCAAUGUUUUUGUCAUGCAGAACUGAAUGAGCAAAGCAUUUCAUAAAUGUUCAUCUGUCUAAUGCAAGAUGGCAGGGAUAGUGUUUGUCCAAAACGUUGCUGGACAUCAACCCCAGCUGGCAUGGCCAACGUUCAGGAGUUUUUGAACUUGUGGUCCUAAACAUCUGGAAGGCCUGAGUUUGGGGAAGGUUAAUGUAAAGAUUCUCCUGUACAGUCAUACCUCGGGUUACAGCCGCUUCAGGUUGCGUUUUAUCGGGUUGCGGACUGCCGAAACCCAGAAGUACCGGAACAGAUUACUUCCAGGUUUCAGCGGUCGCGCAUGCGUAGAAGCACUCAAUCGCUCUUUGCGCAUGCGCAGAAGCGUCGAAUCGCAACCCAUGCAUGCGCAGACACAGGUUGCGAAUGCUGCGGGUUGUGAACGUGCAUCCCGCAUGGAUCAUGUUCGCAACCCGAGCGUCCACUGUAAUGUAAUAAUCAGAUUAGCCAUUUGAAAACCCGCCCCUAAGAGUUAUCUUACCUCUAGCAGUUCAGGAUAAUUAGCAAACCAGCCAUCCCUAAAUCAAAAUUUAAAACGUACUCGCAAAGGAGAACUCUUUAGCAUAAACCUCCUCUACCUGCUCUCUCUUGUUUGGUUAUGUUCAUAGCUUUUAAAUAUGGCUUUAAUCCUAUGCAGAGUUAGGCCUCUCUGACUCUAGGAUUAAGCUAAAUGUUAGUUAGCUGUAUUAGUCAAUGUUAUAUCCAGACAGGUGCAGAGUUGUUGCCAGAGUGCUCACUGCUUCCCAUGCCCUCCGGUAAUGUGUGGAUGACAAUUAUAUUUGUGUAGGAAAGAACUUAAUUAUUGGCCCUACAACCACAUCACAGCAUUGGGAAAAGCCACAGAAUUAUGGCUCCAACACCUCAUUGAAGAAAUAUAUGAAUUUGUCUCCCAGGUUUUCAUGCCAAAGGAUAUAGAAAUGUGUUUUCCAAACGUUACAAGCAAAACAUUCAACAGUGCCUAAAUUCAAUCUCUCACAAUGUUUAGUCCACACAACAACAGUUCAAAAGGAAUCACUUCUCAAAAGUCAGAAGUGCCUUAGUAAAAUAUUUACAAUAGGACUAUGGUAGACUUCAUGCGACGUGACCAUGAAGUUUCAUUUGGCAUUCCCUAAACGAUAAACAAUGCAUUUCUUGUAUAUGGAGCAAUCCUAUGCACAAGAAGCUGGCCUAAAGCAAGCCGGUCUAAGUUAAGCCAGUGUAAAUUUAUACCAGAUCCAAAACCUGUUCAACAGUGGGGCUGCUGCAGCUCUGCCUGAUCCAGGGGGGAAACAAGCCUUUAAAAUAGUGCUAUAUACCAGGCCAUGUGACGAAGCUGAACAGCUUUAAAGGUAAAGGUAAAGGGACCCCUGACCAUUAGGUCCAGUCGUGGCCGACUCUGGGGUUGCGGCGCUCAUCUCGCUUUAUUGGCCGAGGGAGCCGGCAUACAGCUUCCGGGUCAUGUGGCCAGCAUGACUAAGCUGCUUCUGGCGGACCAGAGCAGCGCACGGAAACGCCGUUUACCUUCCCACCAGAGCGGUACCUAUUUAUCUACUUGCACUUUGACGUGCUUUCGAACUGCUGGGUUGGCAGGAGCAGGGACCGAGCAACAGGAGCUCACCCCGUGGCAGGGAUUCGAACCGCUGACCUUUUGACCGGCAAGUCCUAGGCUCUGUGGUUUAACCCACAGCGCCACCCGCGUCCAGCCUUAGGCAGGGGCAAAACUAGGUUUUAUUUCACUUUAUUUCAAAUAUCCAGUUUGGCACACACACCCCUGUGCAUUUGCAUACACACACACACACACACACACACACACACACACAGGCUGGGAGCCUCAGUGGCACCCCUCUGGAGGCUUAACCCAGGGCAAAAACACCUGGCUAGCCCCCCCUCCCAAUAGCUACAGCUCUGCCUUAGGAUCCAACCAGUGGACACCCCUGAAACACUCUUUUUGGGGGGACUUACAGCAGUCUUAGCCAAGCUUCAUCUGAGCUGGGAUAAGCUUGCUACUCCAGCAUCCUUGCCCAGCUGAGUCAGAGGUCCGCUGCAUCCUAAGCUACUCAACCCAGCCGAUCUUGCCAUAGGAUUGCACCCAUGUUUUCAGCCAUCAUUUUGAAGAGCAGUCAUUGUUUUUAAAGGGUCUUGUUUCCUGGCAGUUUACCACUUACGAGUCUGCGUAACCCACGAGUUUUAUUUCGGGAUGCUCUCUGUAUAAAUGUCUUAUCGGCUGUAAUCAUGUUUACAUACAUAAAAAUUGUAAACCCUGGAAUGACACUUUAACAGCUGACUUAGUCAUUAUAGCUACUCCAUUGCAACAUGCUGGGAAGCUAGAUAUAAAUAUGAAACACUAUAGGGUUCUCCCCCUUUUUUUUACAAUCUUUUGUAGAAGACAAAAAAUGACACCAUCAUAGAAUUACAUAAAAGACUUGACAGGUAUUGAUUUAAAGCAUGAUAUAUCAAAUGGUACUGCAAAAAGGAUUUCAUGGCCAUAAAUUUUAAUGCCUUCCCACUCUGCAAUCUCUCUCUAACUUGUCAAUAACAACUGUUUGGUUUAUAAUAUUUCCCUUGUUUCUCCAUGACACUAACGUCCAUUAUACACUUGUUUGGGUACACAAGGUGUAACAAAAGGCAACCGAGGCCAUAAAUCAAAUGGCGUUUUAUUUUUUUUACUGAGGUCACACAUUUAAACAGGUUAAAGCCCUUACAUUAUAUACCAUCACUGCAAUAUACCUUUUUAAAAAAACUAAUUGACCAGUAUUUCAGGCCUUCUUUCUCACAGUGCUGAACUUUGUCUUUAAAUGUAUAUUUUCUAUAUUUUGUAAUGAACUACUUAUACGAAAUUCGGUUUCUAAAUUUACAUUUUGUCUAUUACAAGUAAAGCAGAAUAAAAACUAAAAACUAUGGUAUAUUCACCAUAGUCGUAAUUUGAAAUUUCUCUCAAUUUUAGAAAAUGACACUUCUUUCUGCAGAUAGAACAGAUUAUUGAAUUACAUUAAUUUAUUCAAUGUAAAUUGUUUUUUAAAAUUAGGAUUUUUAAAGAUGUGAAACUUAUGAGAGCAUCUCAAGUGCACGUUAUGAAUAUUCAGUUUGCGAAAAGUGAAAAUGUAAUUAAAAAUGAAAUAUGAUGAAGCAUCUUGUGGUAUAACUUUCUAAACUAUGUGCUGCAGCUACAAAAAGUACCUUAUUUGCAUAGAAUUGAUUUCAGUUUUAUUUUUAUUAGCAAGAAUAAAACUGGAAAACAUCAAAAUUCAUUGAACAACAAAUCGUAGAAAUGAAGGCACACAUUCUUGCAGUUCUUUUUCUUUACUUUCUUAUUCAUAGUAAUUUCCAGUUUUCAUUUGAGCUUCUAAUUUUGUGUUGCUUAAAUGUGGCUCUCCCUGAGCUGCAAAAUUUUUAAAUGAAUUAGCAGAUUAUGACUUUUUGCUAAUUGCUUCCCUGGUUUUGUACCAGCUGAAAAUGAGCACAUUUCAAAACAGUUUUGGGACUUGCACAUUAAUGUAAAGUACUUCUGCAAAACACACACAACUCAUUUAUAGCAACUGGAAAUUUCUGAAAUAUUGUUUGCGCCCAAAAAUAAGAGUUUGAGUUUAAUGCUCAAUAUAAUGAGCCAUGUCGUUAUAUAAUUUUUAAUGAGAGCAAAUCUAUUGACAGUUCUUUGUAAAACCUUUCUAAGAGUCUAUUGAAAAAGAUUCAGGUGUGGGUGUAAGAAUCCAUUUUAAUGCAACCAAAUAAAAUAUUAGGAUACUCAUAAUAUGCAAACAUGUAUGCAGAAAAGAAAGCUCAACCUGAGUUCUGAUUUUGUUGCUAUUUUUCUUAUUUUGAUUUUUUUUUUGAAGCCAAGUCCCUUUCACAUGAAGAGGUGUAGCAUUUUUAAAAAAGUUACUGUAUGAUUUCCCCUCUACAAUUAUUCACUGUUAGAAGAAUAAAAAUGUUGUAAGGAUCUACAGGAAUUCCAUUUAUUAAAGAAAUCUAUAUUUUUCUCAUUGAACAUCAAAUCGUAUUACUUGUAAUGGGUACUGUCUGUUAAGGCUUUCUUAAACUUCAGCACAGCAUAGACCGGUUUAAUGUAGUUCUGAAAGAUUUUUGUUUCUUCUUUUUAGCCUCACUUCCACAAGAAAAGCAUUAUAGUAGCACAGUACUUAUUACUUAGUUUAAAAGAUAAACACAUGGCGAGGAGAGCACAGAAUAUCUUCGAGAAACUAAUAAAAUUGUCAAAUGAAAAAUUCAAAUAAAUGUGGAUUCCUUUUGAUUUAAUUUUAUUUAACUUUUCUGAGCCAGUAGGAUGGGACUGGAAUGGGGGUCACAUUUUAAAAGACACAAGCCCACAGGGAAACUUCCUCUGUGCAAACCCCACUGGGUGACAUGCAACUUCAUACAAAAAGACUUCUAUUUGAUCUCACCACCUUGUUCGUCCAGACCUGUUCUAGAGGAUCCAUUAGAUUUUAGGCAAGGGCAGGGGUUUCACAAGGAAUCUGUUCCAUCACCGAUGUCAAUUUCACUGGUGGGCAACAAAGUUGGAUUUCACUCACUGGUGAUAGCCAAAUUCUUGAGCACCUCCCAUUCAUUUCAAUGGGGCUUAUGAAGGAGAACUUUUUGGUGGAUUAUAGCCCAUAUUUGUAAAGGCGAAUUUGACUUGCAGAUGGGGCAAUCUAUAAAUUUAAUAAAUAAUAAGUUGGUGCAGAAUGUUACUAAAACGUAAAUCCUAACACGAGGACAAUUUAGGCUGCAAUCCUGUAAACAUGAAGCUGGGAAUAUGCCCCACUGGGAAUAAUGGAACUUAGUCAUGUAUUAAGAUUACACUGUUAGAGAAUAAUUAUUUGGAAAUAGAAAAACGUGCAAACCGCAUAAAAGCUUUAUGCUUUGGUGAUAGAUCUUAUUUCCAUCAUUUCCCUUUUUAACAGGAAUAAGGAUCUUCUAAAGUCUGGCUAUAUCUUUUAUACUAUGUUUGAAUAGCUGGCAGGGAGAGAAAAAACCCUGAAAUGCUAGUCAAAUCUAUUUAAAAAAAACACACCCUGAAAUGCUAGUCACAUCUAUUUAAAAAAAACACAGAGUUGUUAUGUCUAUUUUUAGCUCAUUUAGGGUAAGGAGAAGCAUAAUUUAACAAUGAAUGGUUUUUUGUUUUUUUAAAAAAGAACCAUCGAAAAAUGAGAGUCGGUGCAGUAUUUGAAAGCCUCAAGUGAUUGGAACAUUUUGCUAGAGCAUCUGUUAGUAAAUGCUUAACUCUGGGGUUAUUAAUCUUCUUUGUAGGUAAGCAGGUGAUUCACCCUAAUCAAGUUGCCGUUGUCCAGGAACAGUUCUCACCAAGCCCUGAAAAAAUUAUGUGGGCAGAAGAACUUAUCACAGCAUUUGAAGAGCAUCAGCGCAUAGGGAAGGUAAACCCCUUUUUUCAUACUAUGUUUCCUUUAUAUAUAAUGUUUCAAAUGGAAGAAAAUUUAAAAGUGUUUUCAAGUUAUCAUAAAGGGUACAUUACAUAACAUGUAUUAUAUAGAAUAUACACUAGCAUAUAUUUACUCAAAAAAAUAAGUAACUUGCAUUUUGUUGAGAGAAAAGCCGUUUUAUAUCAAAACCUAUGACUUGUUCAUUUUAAAUGGCAGUUUCAGUCAUGUGCCCUGAGUUUUGCUUCUUGUCUUUCGUACUUUAAAUGAUACACCUUAAAUUCAGAUGCAUUCUAAGAACAUGUCUUUUUCUCCGUGAUUUCCCUGAUGCAUAAGAUUUGUUGGAAUUAGCUGGGUUCUUGUUUUCAUUUGUUUCCAAUGCUUUUUAUACUACUGUUCAGUAUAACAGUCGUAUUGUGUUGCAUUUUUGUUUUAGUGGUUUUGUUUUUUGUUUUUAUCUUGUAUACCACUUAAGAGAUUCUUUUAAAAAAUAUUAAGCGGUUUAUAAAUGCUUUUAAGUAAAUAAACAAUGUAGAUAGUGCACCUAGGGAUCUAGUUAGUUUAAUCAACUCAAAUAAUACUAUAUCUGACUAAGAUCUUUUAUAAAGGGAAAAAAAGGAAGAAAAAACCCCCACUAAUUCUGUGCCGCUGUAUUAUUUAUUAAUUCUUCAGACGGAUUUCAUUUCCAUCUAACUUCAAGAAAACAAUCAUGUUUGGGUUUUCUUUGUCUUCUUCACACCCAACUCCUAAAUAGGAGAGACCAAUUAUUGUUUUUCACACUUUGAGAAACUUCUGGGUGUAAAGCUCAUUUGUGAGUCAAGUUUUCCAUGCUAUGAGACUCCUUACAGAAUUGGACAUCAGCUGAUUUCAAAGUACAGGUGGAAAUUUUGAGUUAUUAUUUUUCAGAACUUAUUUUUGGACUGGAGGGGUUUUUUGGAUAGAAAAGAAAGCAAAUUACUUCUUGAAUAUGAUUGUUCCUAAUUUAGUGCAUCAUUGAGUCUCCUGUUUCCUGCUCUGUGGGUUUCUGCUAUGUAAACAUUGCGGUGGUGAAGCACAAUCUGUCUUCACUUUGUGCCAGUAACACUUAAAUUAGGGGUCGCCUGAAGGAAAAUUUUAUGCUCGUUGCAGCAUUGUCGGCUAAUUAUCUUAAAGGUUAUUUGCUAUAAUGUAGUUUGCCACUUUGGGGGGGGAGGGGCAGGGGAAAGUUGCAAUUAAAUGUGAUUCUUCUAGCAAGAGCCAAAAUCUGAAAUGGUUAUCAAGCCAGCGAAGUUUCAGUGUCCAGAAGUGCAGCAGAGAACGUGUGAUUCUUUCUGUGCAAUUUACACAAUAUUUAAUUGCCAAGGAAACAUCUUUAGCAAAUCUGAACGCGCACAAGAGAUAUUUGUGUGUGUAUAUGCAUAUACACUUCUUCCUAACCCUUACAAAUCCCACUAGAUUGCAUUGUGAAAAUAUAUGGCGAUAGUUUCACAUGUUUCUAUCCUGCUAGUGCGUGCCAAAUGACCCAUUCCCGCAAUAUGAAAUCCACCAUAUUUCCAUUUUAUCAUCAAACCUACUCCUUCAGAUAAACUGAUUGCCAUAUACCCAUGAGGAAGCUUCCCUUCUGUCUUAAGCCAUAGUUUAUCACAUAACUAUAACUCUAAUGUCAAACCCAGAUGCUAUAUUAAGGUUUAUAGAAAUAUCAAUUUGCAUAUCUUUUGUUUUGAUCACCUUAUUUCAUAUGUUUAAAGCCUCUAAUGCGUGAAACAUUUUUUAUAAAAUAUAUAUGCUAACAGCUUUUUGAUUUUAUUUUUUUGCAUUUUCUCUGUACACCUGUUAGCAGCCAUCUCUCUAUACCCAUCUGUGUGUGUACAGUGCUAAUAGGGUGUACAUAUGGCAGCUAACAUUUUCCAGGGACUUAUGAAGACUACACAGAAAGACAAUGUGGGGAGUGAUCAAAGGGGCAAAAUAUUUAUAUUUAUUGCUUUUGCACUGGGGAGCCAUGUACAUUUUCCAUAUGAAAAGCCUUGCUGGGCUAUCAUUUUAUACCACUACACACCUGACAUAGAAGAAACUUGCAUUGUUUUUCCUAAGUUCUUCCAAAGACUUUUGUACUCACCACCCUAAUUGCUUCUUAGAUGCAGCAACUGAUUUGCAACGAUCUUAGAAUCAAUUGAGGAAUGUGGCCCGCAGUUAGGGUAGACUGAUAGUUCAGAAACACUUUUGCAAUGCACACAACCCUGUUUAGCCUGCUGACAAUUGGAUGAAAUUUGUGGAAAUACGCAAGUUCUUUGCCACCCCACCUUUAACUCCCAGUAUUUAUAAAUAUGACACUGGCCAUUCACUGUAGGAUUAAAUUUUGACCUCAUCAAAGCGAGCGAGAGCUCUGCCAUUGACUUCAGCAAAGAACUGUCCUCACCCAGUGACGAGAUACAGGAUGCUGUUUGAUCAACAUUUCCUUAAAACUUAUCAGUGUGUGUAUAUUGAAAAACCUGACACUUAAGAAGAGAUCUGGUUAUGUAUGAUUGCUUAAUUUUCCAAAAGAACUACUUCUCACAACAGGAGACUUGUGUGGCAUGUCCAAAGAAGGCAUUAAAAUUUUCGUCAUGAUUUGAGCCUCCUGGUCCUGAAAGGUUCUAGUUAUGUAUUGCUAAUAUAUUACUUUCUUUUCCUUACAAGAAAACCAAUGCAUAGAUACCACAUUGCCAGCAAUUCUGCAGUCUCCACCUUAUUCCUUCCUGUUCCUUUCACGAAACCAAAUCUUUAAUUUCAGCAAAGCUAAAAUACUAUUCUGGCUUGACACUGUUAAGCUUUCCAUGGUGUGUCUGUGUGUUAUUAAUCAAAACUGAAAGCCUGGAAAAGAAAACCUGAAAUGCAAAGGAUUAGAGUGACUAGUUUGCUCACAGAUAAAUUGCUGGUCUUGAGCCUCUGGGAUCACAGUUUGUUGUUAAUUGGAAGUUCUUAGUGAACAAAGUUCGAUGCCCUCAGUCAACAAUAGUUUAUAUUAACACACAGCAAUCGGGUAACACAAUUUAUCAGAGUUUGGAAAGUACAGAGCAGCCGUUGUUGAAAGAAUCCAAGCUACCCUCCAGCCUCUUAAGUGACUGAAAGAUUUGGCGUAGUAAGAAGUACUAACGGAAAUCAGAAAGAAAUGGAGUAAAAAAUAAAUGGCUAUUACAGUAACAGAAGACGACUUACAUUAUGUUCAGGUAGCAACUUCAGAUUUGAUGUAAAUGGGAUAAAAAAAAUUGUUUUUGUUUCUUUGAAUGUUGGAAAAAUUCAACCCAUCAUUCAGCCAAACCAGUCAGUUACUUUUAACAAAAUAUUGAAAUGUUUAUACACUAAUGUAUCACUUAUGUCUGUGUUUCAUUUAUAGCUCAUAUAUUUCAUUAUACCCCAUAUUCACAUAGCUUCCCCCCCAUAUUGACAGAGAUCAAUAAGCAAACACUAUAUUUCACCUGUAUUAUAGUACUAAUUUUGCUUAGUUCUCCCUUUUCCUUUUUUUUUUAAAGCUCAUAAAAACAUCACAGUACAAAUUCUGUUAAGCUGUAAGCAAUACAGUGAUAAAUAUAUUCAGAGGUAAUAUUACUAAGCAUUUUAAAGAAUUUUAUUUGUAAUAAUUUGUACUGCCUUUCACUAUGAUAGGAAUGCACAACAGAAGUGCAAGAAUAAUUUUUUAAUUAGAAAAGAAUACGCAAUUAUGCUUUUUUAAAAAAUAAAAUAAAAUAUUGUGUUAUUUAUGCAUGUUCUAUUCUGUUUUCAUCUUUAAUAACCUUUAUAACUACACAGACUCACACCCGUUACCUUUUGAAAUAAAGUUUUAAAAUCUAUUUUUGAAUCAAUUGUCACUCAUUUUCAACAGAGAACAGUAAUGCGCUCGGGUUGACCAAAAGUUAUCAUUUGCUAGUCCAGCUAAGAAGGUUUUCAUGCAGAAACAGGUUUAUAUUUUGGGAGCCCUAGACGUAAAUCGGAGGAACAGUCACAUUUAUUUAUUUUUAUUUCAUAAAAUUUACCAAAGCUGUUUACAAAGAGAGGGUGGGCAUUCUGAUGUUAAUCUGAAUUUGUACUCCCUUACCUGCAUAAUAUACUAGCAAACUUAUUUACACCUGACUAGGGAUGGAUCAGGACCAUUAUUCUGAGGAAGAAAGUCUUAGAUAUGAAUGCAGACCAGGAUCCUAAGACCAUAGCUGUCAACUGCGAGGAAUCCUAUUCGGAAUAAGGGAAUUUCCCUUUAAAAAAAGGGAAACGUUGACAGUUGUGCCUAAGACUCUAACAAUCUAAAGUGAAAGUUGGAAAAUACAUGGUGACAGAAAAAGUUUAGAAGCAAGGUAGUGUAACUACCAUUUGACAAGUAGAUUCUGCUCACUUAAACCAAAGUACCUCCAGUAAAAUAAAAACCUACAAUGGAAAUAUGUAGGUAACUUUAUGACAAAUGGUACCACGUCAGUCAAGUAACACACAUUUGUUCCUACAGUGAGCCGGACACCAGGAGAUAUGGGGCAAGUUCUUGAAUACCUGGCCAAGUAAGAUUUUGUGUGAUCACUAAGUGAGGUUUCAGUGCUCCACACAGAUCCUUGUCCUUCCCCAAGAUUAAAGUUCUCAAACUAAAUUAUGUAACUGAGUAAAAACAACAGAAUACAUUAUGCAAAAUAAUGCAGUAAAUGAACUUAAUCUGUAUAAUAUAUAUUGGUUACAGAAUCCAUCCAUUUUAGCUCAAAAACUUGCUUUUUGUUUGGGGUGCACACAGCCUUGGGGCAACUCAGCCACAGAGAAACUGGGUAGCAAUGGGCAACAAGCAAUCUUAUAAUCUUAGUUUCCCAUCUGUAAAAUGGAAAUAAUUGCCACACUGGUGAGCUAUGAAAAUUAUAAAUAAGGGAAAUAAUAAUUAUGAACCACUCUGAUCCGUACGGAUGGAGUUGGUUCUACGUCUUCACAAAUAAAAUAAUACAAACGGGAGCCACUGUGGUGUGGGAAGAUAUAUAAAGGAUAAUCACGUUAUCAGCUGCUAGUUAGAGGGUUGUGCCAUACUUCUGGGGGUACAUGGAAAGCCAGCCCCACUACUGCUUUCUGUUAAAGCUGGGAGAGACAAUUGAAUACUGAAUCCUGUUACCACUUGUGGAGUCAUACCCUGACUUGCCAGUUUAUCAUACCUUUCUGCCUUCUUCAGCAUGUUCUACAUUACCUCUUCUUGACAGAAGACGAGAAAGUAGUUUUUACACAAACACAUCCAAAGUGAAAGGUGUUUCACACCCGUAUCUCCUGGAUACGGGUCCAACAAUUAUAUUCAUUCAUGCAGCUUAACCCUGAGUACCAGUUCAGAUGAUACAGUAAGCCAAACCUUGGCUUAGCUCAGGACAGCAAAAAGGACCAGGUAGGAGCAAAGGGACAUGGGUGGUGCUGUGGGUUAAACCACAGAACCACUAGGACUUGCCGAUCAGAAGGUCGGCGGUUCAAAUCCCCGCGACGGGGUGAGCUCCCGUUGCUCGGUCCCUGCUCCUGCCAACCUAGCAGUUCGAAAGCACGUCAAAGUGCAAGUAGAUAACUAGGUACCGCUCCGGCGGGAAGGUAAACGGCAUUCCUGUGCGCUGCUCUGGUUCGCCAGAAGUGGCUUAGUCAUGCUGGCCACAUGGCCCAGAAGCUGUACGCUGGCUCCCUCAGCCAAUAAAGCAAGAUGAGCGCCGCAACCCCACAGUCGGCCAUGACUGAACCUAAUGGUCAGGGGUCCAUUUACAUUUUUAUAGGAGCAAAGUGUUUGCAAGCUUCUCUUCAAUGCGGUCUAUCCAAGUCAAGGUUCGUUUGCCUUAGCAUACUGUGUGAAACUGGCUGCAGUAGCCAGUGUCUUUCCACAUAAGAUGGAAUAGGGCAGAGAGGGGGAAAUACUAGGCUUCAGAGGCUCACAGAAGAAUGAAGGGAACUGGUGUGGUGGUGGUGGGACUGAACAAGCCACAAUACAACCUUUGCUUGAAACCAACAACCACUUCCAUCAUACCUGGAUGGCUGAAUCCAAAAUACAUGGUUUUCAUUGUAUUUGGAAAACCUUGUUUCUAAGCUAAAACCAUUCCCAGGGUACCAGGGUAUCUACUCUUAAAUCCCAGGAUGGCCACUGCUCUCCUUAUCUCAUAAUGGACCAGCCACUACUUUCUGAGAAACACUGAUCAACAAAGAGAAACACACCCAGGAAACUGAAACCACAAUCUGCUUGGUGCCCUAUUCUGUACAGUAGGGUAAUGGGUUAACUGGCCUCAGGUAGCAAAGAUUACCAUGUGAAACUGCUUUAUGCCAGUGAACCCAUUGAUCCAUCUAUGCCAGCAUUUCUGGCAACAGUCCUCCAAGUUCUCAGCAUUUCAUAGCCCUGGCUAUCUGGCCAUUUUAAUAGCAAUUUAACCCAAGACCUUCUGCAUGCAAACUCACUGAGUCUAAAUAUGGGGGAACCAUGCAAAAUGUAUUUACCCUGAUAUUGUUUCCCUCUAUCCCUCCCUUGCCUCCAAACCUGGAUCCCUGUAGAACUGGAGAAAUAUCAAGGGUGUGGGGGUGGAAAUGUGUAUUUCACACUCUGCUCAUGGUGGCAGGCUGAGCUGCUGAGCAUGAUAGGAUAUAGAUUUGGCUUGCAGCAAGAGCGCUGGAAAAGCAUACCUUCCAAACCUUAAAUAUCUGGUGUGUUUUCCCCCCCAGUGCUCACAGGUACAAUGGUGCUCAGCUGCCUUCUUUCUUUCUUCCUCCAAUGGAGGGUGUAACAAAAGAACUAAUGUUCUGGCCAGAUGGCCUUCUUCGGGGCAUACUGAGAGCACUCAAAGGAAAGCAAUACAGCCUAAAUAUCAUUUCAGCUAAUUUAAGUGGCAGCAAUCCUGCGUUGUUUUUUUCAUUUCACUGUAUUUGGCAUGGGUUUCGCUAGAAUUAAGCGCCCGCGCCUACCACAAAGCUUUAUCGGCCGAAAAUUGCAACGUUUUGUUCACAUUCGGUUUUGUGGUUUGGAAGAUGACUCUGAAGCUAGAGGAGACUCAGAAUGGCUUACAAAGACAUUUGUCCUGCCUGUCACUACUUUAGCCUUAUUUCCUUGAACCCCGUCCGUAUCUCAGCCCCCCUGGAAUAACACUGCCAAUAGUUUAAAUUUUGGGGACUGGGAUCCUUAAGAUGUAUACCUAUUUCCUAUAUAUUUAUACCACCUUGAGAAGAUAAAAACCAUCUCAAUGAGGUUUACAAAAUAAAACAGUAGCUGAGAUCCAGAAGUAUUCAUGAGAGGCAGUGUUACUGCAGGACAGGGUUAGAACAAAACCAUUGGCGAUCUGCAUUGAGCUCGAAUUUGUGGCGUAGUGGUUAAGAGCGAUAGACUCGUAAUCUGGUGAACCGGGUUCGAUUCCCUGCUCCUCCUCAUGCAGCUGCUGGGUGACCUUGGGCUAGUCACACUUCUUUGAAGUCUCUCAGCCUCACUCACCUCACAGAGUGUUUGUUGUGGGGGAGGAAGGGAAAGGAGAAUGUUAGCCGCUUUGAGACUCCUUCGGGUAGUGAUAAAGCGGGAUAUCAAAUCCAAACUCUUCUUCUCAACUGCUAACUUCCUACCCGUUACAUUCAUAAUUUAGAUGCACACAUGUGAAUAAAAACAAUCCAGUUAUGAGAAACUAAUAAUGAUGUUCAGAUUCUGUGCAUUGCCUAUACUGGCACCUCUUCAGAAAGAGCAUGCCCCAUAUGCUUUCAUUGGGUCUCUGGCCUGGAUUAGGGAUGGGGGUGCUGAACCCCUCUGGGUGGCCUCCCUUGUCCCUGGCCAUUGGCCAUGCUGGCUGGAGCUGAUGCCCAAUAACGACUGAAGGACCAGUUCCCCCACCUAAAGCCAGUUGGCUUUAAGGUAGGAUUAUGUAAAUAAGCAAUAAUGUUUAGAAUCUCAACCUUCAAAACCUUGAGUCAUUCACAGAUCAAUUUCUUUUAAACCGAAGUUCAGGGUGGAGUUCCUAGAAGCAGUUUAAUCACUUAUAGGAGAUCCCUAAUAAACACAAAUUACAAUCCAUGUGGGACGCGGGUGGCGCUGUGGGUAAAACCUCAGCGCCUAGGACUUGCCGAUCACAUGGUCGGCGGUUCAAAUCCCCGCGGCGGGGUGCGCUCCCAUCGUUCGGUCCCAGCGCCUGCCAACCUAGCAGUUCGAAAGCACCCCCGGGUGCAAAUAGAUAAAUAGGGACCGCUUACCAGCGGGAAGGUAAACGGCGUUCCGUGUGCUGAGCUGGCUCGCCAGAUGCAGCUUAUCACGCUGGCCACGUGACCCGGAAGUGUCUGUGGACAGCGCUGGCUCCCGGCCUAUAGGGUGAGAUGAGCACACAACCCUAGAGUCUGGCAAGACUGGCCCGUACGGGCAGGGGUACCUUUACCUUUACCUUUUACCAUCCCUGUAUUUUGCUAAUUUCUCUUAUGGAAUUUGUAGAAACUCCCUGAGUUCAGUUCCUAGAAGCAUUAUUUCCACCUAAUUCCCUUCUCCAUGCUAACCUUUUUGCCCUGAAAUCUGUAUCAUGUACCACCAUUGUUACUCCUCUUAUGCCAAUGUAAAAAUAAAAAAUCUUUUUGAUUUUGUACAAUACUGAUCCCUUUAUCGAAAUCUGGCUUUUUGUAGGAACCUUUUCCCCAUUCAAUGUGUCCCAAAUGUAGUCUUGGUUCAGCCAUGAUCAGCGGCAUCUGAAUAGAACCCUUUGGGCAGCCUGCGGUUACGAUUAAAUACAUUUGUGCUUAGAACCCAACAGCAGCAACCCAUGAUCCCAGCCUUUUAUCUCAAAUGGUAGCAUUUCAAUUUUGGUGGAAUCUACCAAGGAAAGUGCCCAAAAGGCCCAAGCGGACAAUGUCACUGGCACUUAGUUUACAGUCAUACCUCUGUUUACAUAACCCUCUGUUUAUGUAAACUUUGGGAUGCACGCACGGCAAACCCAUAAUUAUUUUACCCCGCAGGCAUAUGCAGAAGCGGUCUGCGCAUGAACAGAAGCAGUCCUCAGGUUGCUGAAACCUCUGGAUCCGACCGGACCUCCGGAACGGAUCCCAUCCGCAACCAGAGGUACCACUGUACUUACAAAUUUCUAUCCCACUUUUCAAAAUGUAGGUCUCAAAAGCGGUUUGCAACAUUAAAAUAUAUAGCUAAAUCCGUACAGCAUGAAACUCUUAAUCUCAGGGUUCUGGGUUUGAGCCUCACGUUGGGCCAAAAGAUUCCUGCAUUGCAGAGUUAGACUAGAUGACCCUCGUGGUCCCUUCCAACUCUACAAUUAUAUGAUUCUUAUUAUAUUUAAUAGGAUUUACUUCUGAGUAGAUAGUCAUAGGAUUGCACUGUAAAUAAAUUUAAUUGAGUUUGCUGCAGGAAACAAAACUUAAAACAUUAUUGACUCAACCUUCUCAAUGCUGCAGAUCAAUGCUAGGAAAAUAUAUUUCCUACUUUCUUAUUAGGAUUUUUAGUGAUUUCCGCCCCCCAGCAAACUUAUCUAAACCCACCAGAAAACCGAACAUGUAUGCACUUUAACCCUCAUUUGAUUUCCUUGACGUUUUCUACACUACAGUUUCCUCCUUUAGGUUUCCAACCUAUUAUUUUAGUAAUAUGGUUCCAGGAGUGCAGUUUGCUUAAAUUGGUGCUUUCUAAAAUGGCAGAUACUACUGGGAUCAAGUUUUCACUGUUACAUUGCAUGUGAAUUCUUGCAACAUUCCCCACUACCACCCCACAAAAAAGAAAAACAAAACAGUCUCAGCUACUGAAGUGAGGAUUUACAGCAAAAUUUCCAGUUGUACUUAUGAGGGCAAGUAUGCAGUGAAGAUUUAGCCGCCUUGAGCAUACAAUGCCUAGAAAGGCAGAGAUAAAUAAUAGUAAUGAAUAAUGAUUGUUCUGCCUAUCUGCAUUGUUCUGAAGGUGUGUGCAACUAAAAAGCUAUUUUAUAAUAUUUUGUUUCAGGCUAACUUUUUGUUGUAGUUAUCCAGCUAGACUUAAGAAUUUAUUUGUAUUUUUUUGUAUUCAAAACAAGAAUGUUAAAUAAUGAUAAAAAUCCAGUAAGAGAGAGGGAAGGAAAGAAGGUAUAGAUACGAUGAUCCUCAUGGUCCCUUUCCAACUCUACAGUUCUAUGAUUUUAUGUCUUAAUAUAGCAGUAAUAAAUGAUUAUUGCAUACUAAGUGAGCUACAAAAAAUGUGCACUUGGUAAAAAAUAAAAUAAACUUCAAAACAUCUUGCAUUAAAUAGUCAUUUGGAUGAAGUGAAUUACUUUCAGUUGUACUGUUUUUCAUAAUUUUUAUUUUUGAUUGUGCACCCAUUUUAGCAAAUUGUAGGUUAUCCCUCUGCAUUAGCCAUUUGGCUUUUCUAAGCAGUUUGGAAAUCCAUGCGAUGCCACUGAUGUGCCUUAGCUCUAUGCCUUUUCAAAACAGUAGGGUAUUGCAGGGGGUUGGGUUGGAUUAGAUCAGUGAUGGCCAAACUUGGCCCUCCAGCUGUUUUGGGACUAUAAUUCCCAUCAUCCCUGACCACUGGUCCUGUUAGCUAGGGAUGAUGGGAGUUGUAGUCCCAAAACACUGGAGGGCCAAGUUUGGCCAUCACUGGAUUAGAUGAUCCUUGUAGUCCCUUCCAACUCUACAAUUCCAUGAUUCACAAGACGUGGCUUGUUUCCUUUUCUAACUGUGGCAAAACUUUUUCUCUUACAUUGAGAGAGAGAUCAGCAUUAUCCAUGAACUACACUCAUAGCUAUUUAUAGAAAGAAGCCGACUGAAAUCCAACCAGAGUUUUGUAUGCUUGAACUCAUUUGGGAGCCCACAAUCUAAAUUUAGCCAUUUGCAAAGCCAGGUAUGUACAAUGGCAACAUAUUGGGCAGGGAAAGAUUCACCGUAUACCAAUCUAGAAAUUUCACCAGGUUCAUAAAUAUUAGACAAGCCCCCAAACACCCCUCUAAAACAGAAACAGGGAACCCAAGACUCUUCAGAUGAUGUUGGACAUCCCCAGCCAACAUGGCCAGUGGCCAAGGAUGAUGGGAAUUGUAGUCCAGUAACACCUCAAGAGCAACACGUUCCCCACGCCUGCCCUGUAAUUGCUGAGUUACAGGUAACCGGUAAUGUUGAUACAACAGAUAACCAGCAAACCAGUUUGAAAAUCGCAAAUUGGCAGCAACAACACUGCGCCUUGGAACAGACUACCAAGUCCCCUUAUUCCUGCCAGUUCCAAUCCUGCGGCAGAUUUUUGCAUGGCAACACAGCUUCGCCAGCCUUCUAACUAGUUCAAAGUUCUGUUGCUGGAGAAAAUGCUCCCUGUGGGUAGCAGUAGUAUAUUAUUAAAAGUCACUUUCCCAAUUGGUAAAGACAGGUGCUUUGUCGCAGGAGGGGAGGGGAGGGAAUUGCCAGGACACCUUAACGCUGGCAUGGGCUAGACAUCAUCUGUGAUAAUUGCGAGCUACUGUUCUCGUUCACCCAUCUCAGCUCAGUUUUUCCUGGGGAGUAUGAAGGGAGAGCUCCCUGACUCUGGGGUCCAGGCCAGCAGUGUGCUCUUUGCUUCCCCCUCUUCAAGAAAGGGACAGGAUCAAUCAUACGGGUCCUCCAACCCCCAGUUCCACCACCCCAUCCCAAAAGCCAAUGUAUUUCAUCCUGUGGGUCAUUUCUGACUCUGGCUCGGAGGUAAAUAUAUGUCUUUUUCUACGCACAGUGGUUUUUUGUUUCGGUCUUUCACACGCUCACAUCUUUUGUUUGUUUUUCGUACAUUUCCCUUUUAUUAUUGUCAGUGCCUCUUGGCUUUUUUCUAAAGCCAGCAGAAGACCACGCGGUUUGAUUCAUGUGGGAUCUAAUGAUUCUUGUCUUGCGGCAAUGUAUGAAAAGCUAACCCAAGCCUGCAAUUUUCCUUUCCCAAGGUCCCUUUUAAGAUGCUGAUGGUCUGGCAUUUGGUAUUUUCUUUCUGUUUCUCUUUUUUUCUUUUUCCAGGGUGCCUUCACUUUCCGCGGCAGCAUGAUAGACAUGCCAUUACUGAAGCAAGCCCAGAACAUUGUUAGUCUUGCCACAGCCAUUCAGAAAAAAUGA